GCCAGAUUGUGUUUGUGUAAUUCAACAUGAACUUUAUCCUGCUGUCCUUCUGUGUGUCUGUCUUGGGCUUGAGAUCUGUGACCACAUCAGAACCGUAAGCCACUAAAUCAUGGAAUUUAACUAUUUAAGUUGUUAACUUGUGACUAUGUACCCACCACGGUAUAAACAAUGUUAAAUUGUUUUCUUUUGGUAUGCUGCACCUUAUAUUUGCAUUGUGGGUCUUAAAUCAAUUCUAAAAAAGUGAGUCUGCAAAUAAGCUCAGCUUUUUGGCUUGCCUUCGCACCUUCCACACUCUUUUUCUGCAUUCCGAGCUUUUGGUGCCACACUUUAUCCUAGUAUCGUUACCAUAUUUAAAGUAAAAAGACCCACAUUGGAAAAACAAAAACAAAGGCAAAAGGGAAUAUCACAAAAGAAUGGUAAGAAACGAGGCUACGGGAAAUUUCAAACAGCAAACCCAUAAAGGGAUCAAUCAACAAUAACUAAAAGAGUUUAGAGAAGAUGAUUAAGUUUUGAGUAGUCACUUCAAAAUGGAUACAAUUAGACUUACUUUUUAUCCUCAAGAUCUCUGUUGAUGCAAAGUCUGGCAGUCUUCAGGUCUUUAUUUCAAAUGAUGGAAAAUGAUUGAAAUAUGCUAAAAAAAGAGCUGAUUUUAAGAUUUUCUUUAAUUUCAGUUAUUUUGGCUUAAAUCCCAAUAUUCCUGGUUAAGUGAGCAUCUCCAUAUAUUUCCACAUAUUUGAUUAGUUACAGCUGAUCAGGAUAAAUAACCGAUUUAGAGUAAAUUUACAUAUGCUUAAGCAGAGACUUCCAUAAAUAUAGAUCUAUUGGGGGUUAAUAUGGACAAGACAUAAUUGGGUUAACCUAAAAUGCUAUUUUCAACAAACAAAAUGCAGUGCACAGAAAACCUUAGCAUGAUUUGACAGAUUCUCUGGGGACUAUGACCUUUUGUUCAUCCCCUGUUUAAUUAGAAAUUGCAUUUUAUGUUUGCUAGAUUCUUCAUCAGUGUAUUAACCUAGGGAUUUUUCCUCUGUGCUCAGUACAGUGAAUGCUGGUAACAUUUAGUGUGUGAUGGUAUGUGUGUGUAAAACUUCACAGUGGUCAUCACAUAGGAGACAUGGAGGAUCUCGAACUGUAGCACACUACAUGUUUUUGGUUGUAUGUUAAGGUUUCUUAGUUCUGGGAAAGAAGUAGGAAGUUGUGGACCAACAACAUUUGGGCACCUUGAGCUGGUUAGAUGAAAACUGUGUGCACACAUGGACAGAUCCUUGCUAACACUCAAUUUUGCCAUAUCUAAGGUACUAGGAACCUUCUGGAAGAGUCCAGUGCAGUCAUAUGUAAAAUAAAUGUGUAAAAAUUGACAAUAAGUAGCUGUAGUCAGAUACUUCAGAAUGUGGACUGGUCUGGUCAAGUUUUAUGUAACUGAUCAAAUGAAAUAGAACCGAUUGCUGAUCAUGGCUAUCAAUUCAGGUCAUCAUAGGCCCACUAUAAUCACCAAAACAACUUUACCUUAAUGAAGUGGUUUUUGUGUAUAGAUUAUGCCUCUAAAGUAUCAGUGGUCAAUUUUCUACCAUGUAAAUCAAAUUUGUUUCUAUUUAUGCAGCCCUAGCCACACCUCCCAUGGCUGUGAUUGACACAGCCUGUAUGACAUGUAUUUUUUUAUUUUUCAAACAGAUGUUUACUUACUUUAUAAGUUUUCAGUUCUUGCUCUGUGAAUUGAACUUUAAUCACACAUAGGAGGCUCCUGCAAGGUCUAGGAAGAUAUUAAUAGGAGAUAAUAAAUUCUAAAUUAAACAGAAUGGGCAACAAAGGAAGUGUAAACAUUAGAUCUCUAUUUACAGGAAGUGUUUAGGAAGGCUAUGUAUGUCACAUGCAGAGAGGUGUGACAAGGGCUGAUUAAACAAAGUGAUUUAACUCCUAAAUGACAAAGAAUUCACGAGACUGAUCUAUACACCACACCUGCUGUGUUAAGCUAAAGUUGUUUUGGGGACUAUAGCGUCCCAUUAAUGUUUCUACACAUAAUUAUCUGGAAAAAAAUAGGUUUGGAGCAUGUGGUAACACUAAUUCUGAAUAAUUUAAUACACGGAGAGAUUAACACAAUGCAGAUUAGAUAUAUACAAUUGGUUUUGUUAUGAAUGCAAUUUUGUCCAGAUUCUCUAGUCUGGUAUCCUUAUAUGGGAUUGCCAUAAUUGAGGAAACUAAAUUCAGGAGCUAUCUACUAAAGAAAGGAAAGAACUAAAUUAAGAAAAUAUUUUCUUGAUUUUGCUCUUUCAGCAGUUAGUAGAAUACUCCCUAAUAAGUACCCUUAAGUGGGCUUGCCUUAUUUAAGGGUAACAAAUUAGUGCACUGUUUAACAGAUAGCUCCCUUAUUUCAUAAUUGGUAUUCUUAUGGAAAUCCCACACAAGGAUUGCAAAUUAUGGAGUUAUCUACUAAACAGCUAAAAGGACAAAAUCAAGAAAAGGGUUUUUCUUUAUUUUGAUCUUUUAACAGUUUAGCAGAUAACUUUCUAAAUUGGGACUUCGCAACUUUGUGACUGCGUCCUGUGGGGAAUAAUUGGUUUCUGAAUUUCAGAAUUUAACAAAAAAUUUUGAUUGAAAUUUGGGUCAUCCGAAUCAAUAUUUUCCAGAUUUAAGACAAAGAUUUGAAGUUUAAUUAAAUUAAGCACAUUUUCACCUGUGCACGUCCCUAAUGCAGAAAGAGCAGAAGAUUGAGACAUAAUGACGUGGGACAAUUCACCUCAAUUCAACUUGAGAAUUUGACCAAAAGUAUAUUUUGCGUAUAGACUAAUUGAAUCACAGGCAAGGUAACCUUAAAAAAAACAACACCCAACUUACUUUUUUCCUCACCAUUUAAAUGAAUUUGUACACAUAUGAAACACCAUAUUUUGGCUCAAUUGUAUCAAUUUUGCAAUUCUGGUAUAUAUGUAAUUGUCGAUUCAGUUUAUCCUUAUUUACCUCUCAUAUGGGACUGUGAUGUAAAUAAGGAUAAAUGGAACUGACAGUGAGGAGACAAAUGAGACAAGUAUACCAAAUACAGCUGACUUGUUUUCAUAUGCUAUGAGUUCAGGAAACAAUAGUCUGAGUCCUAUGUAUGGAUGGAGUCUGAAAAUAUAGUCCAUUACGAACAUACAACUAACUUAAUUAUUUAAAUGGAAAUGGAAAAAGGGCAUGAAAUUACCUACCUGGAGCUAUGGUCAAUGAGGUCAGUAACAGCACAAAAGUGUUCCUGACGUGGUAUACUCAAGGUAAGUGAUACAAAAUCACAUGCAAUAUUAACAUUAUAGGCAUUAACAUUAAGUUCAGUGCUAGGUUUUGCAAUGGUUUUUGUGUUCUAUGACUCCAUUUACUUAUUGAUGACUGCAUCACUAAUCUUUAGAAAGAACUUGGAUAAGAGUGCUGUAGUGUUGACAUUAAUUAGAAAUGAGCAGACAUGUUGAAACUUAAACUUUCCAAAACAGAACUCCAUGUUUUUCUUACACUCCAUCCUACUCCCUGUUAGUUUUCUUUCAGUCAGUACAGCUUCCAUUUACCCCAGCCUGAAGCCUCCCUCUUUAUUCUGAAUUUUGACCCUGAAAUCUUUUUAAAGUGACUCUUUAUAUAUAACCCCUAUACAAAUGAUAUUGUUUCAUCUUAAAAUCAUUUUGUAUUAUGACUUUUUUUGUAUCUGGCAGCCAUUAUGUGAUCACUGUUCCAGCCCAAAUGCUUCAUUCCUCCAUCGAGAGAGCCUGUGUGAUAUUUCUUUCCUUGAGGGGUGCAUUAAACAUUCAAAUGGAGAUCCAAAGAGGUGACCAAGUUCAUCUGGUGGCUAAGGAUAAAAUAAGGGGCCCUAACUAUUCACAGUGCUAUGAGUUUCAGGUGAGUUCUGCAGUAUGAAGGUGUGAAAGCUACUGGAACACUUAUAAUUUAAUUUAUUAGCUAUAUGGUGUGUCACAUUUUGAGACCAGUUUUAAGCUUUCCAAAGCAUUUAUUUGUAAAAAGAAAAAUGAAAGAAUAUAGUGAUUCCUAUUUCUACCAUUUUAUGAGCUUUUUACAUGUUUAAUGUGAUUUUGGAUUAUUAAGUGUGUGGUUGUGGCACAGACAUUUUAGGUGUUGAGGUAUAUGGUGGGUAAUUUAAUGACUAUUUACUUCAUAUCUACAGCUACCGAAAAAGGAUCAUAUAAUCUUCUCAAACGUCUAAGGAUAUACUGUAGUAUCAUAAAAUGAGGAUUAUCAUUAAGCUAAAGUGUGUGUACAUGUCUAUUUGUAAAAUAUAUUGGAGGAAAUUAGAACUAGAAUUGCCUUCUGUUUCUUACUAGGUCCCUGUUGUGGAAGAGAAGCAGGUUUGGUUUUUCCAUCUGUUAGCUCAAGGAGAGGACAUUAAUAUUAACCAGACCAAGAAGAUUCUAAUAAGUAAAACAAACCAUGUGACUUUUGUCCAAACUGAUAAACCCCUGUACAAACCAGGGCAGACAGGUAAGGUCUACAAUCAAAUAAGUAUCUAGACCCCUUUACUAAUCAGGACAGACAGGUAGGACCUCCAUCCAAAGUGACAUACUCCUGUACUAAUCAGAACAUGUAGAACCUUCUUCCAAAUUGACCACCUCUAUACAAGCCAGGAAAGACAGGUACAACCUUCAACUGAACACAUAGACUGCUACUUUAACUCUAGUGAUAUUCAGGCUGCCGUGCAUCCUCCUUAAUCUCUCCUGUGGCAUGGAUCUCAAAUUGUCUGAUACCAUAGUGGAAUGGGAAUAAAGCCAGUGGAACAGGGGAAUAUUUGAUAACUCAAUAAAUGGAAUCUGGCAAUCUGGGUUAUUUUAGGACAUGCAGUGUAUAUUAUACAACCUACUGUAUGGUUAAUAUUACUCUGACAGGAAGAAUAGCAACUUUAGUAAUCUGUGUUUUGUUUUAUAACAGUGAAUUUCCGUGUUGUAACUCUGGAUAAAAAUUUCUCUGCCAGUGAAGAAAAGGUAAGACUAUUUGCUGAACAAGUAGCCUGUUUUUUGCUUAAUUACACUAAGUAACGGAUUCAUGAAAAGGGCUGGUCAUAUAUCAGAACAUAUAAGGCAUUUAAUUGGCCAAGAUACUAAUGUAAAUUGAUGCAAACGUGCCAACACCACAAGAUGCAAAUCCAUGUAUUUAUAUAUAAAUUAGUAUACAGAAGUAGAAAAGGAGAAAGGUGGCGCUAAUAGAAAAACAUGCUACUAUUAUAGCAUGCAGCAAAAACACCUUAGUGUAUAGUCACUACAUAUACUUACAUAUACAAAUGAAAAAACAGGAGAAGGUGAUUGCGCAGGUAGCUUAUAAGUCCACAAGUUUGUUUAUUUCUACAGAACCUAGGGACGUACCACAAACUUGUGGACUUAUAAGCUACCUGCGCAAUCACCUACUCCUGUUUUUUCAUAUAUAAAUUAGUGACUUAAAUGUGGCACCUGAUGAGUUGAACUUUCAGUAACAUUAAGGAACUUAAAAGGGGCACUAUAAGACCAGUAACAUAAACAUGUAUUCCUCACACUAUAGUUCUAAAAGCACCAUUGGCACCCUGUUGCCUCGGAUUAGAAAGGUGAUUUACUCAAAUUAUUUCAGCGCAACGCAGAUCUCCUCAUGUCUGAACCAAUGCAUCUCUAUGGAGAAAGUGCAGCGUCUCCAUUCAGAGCGUGGAGACACUGAACAUUACAGCACUAACCCAGGAAGCACCUCUAGUAACCGUCUGAGUAAUGGCCACUGGAGGUGUUCCUAGGCUGAAUUAUAAAUAAUGUUUUUUCUACAAAAAGGCUGUGUUUACAUUAAAAAAGCCUGCAGGGACUAUCUAUACUCACCAGAACAAUUACAAUACGCUGUAGUUGUUGUGGUGACUAUAGUGUCCCUUUAAGCACACACAUUUACAAAAUAAUCACUGUAGUGUUAAACUGUGCUUAAUGUAAUAUGUAUAUCUUCAGAAGCAUUUAAAACCUUUAGAGCACCUGUCAUAUUUGUCAUUAAUUUAAAUCAUAUAGCUUUACUAAAUGUUAAAUCCAUAGUACAAUUACUGCCACUUACAAUGCAUAUGACUGAGAAAAUGUCCAAAAUGGACUAUAAUACAAGUUAAAUCAGCACACUUCAUUAGAACAUGGAAACAGUGGUUCAAGUACCAGCUGGACCAGCUCACAAGCAGAUGUCCCUGGGCAAGACACCUAGCAAUAUAUUAUCCACCUACCUCAGAGGUUUGAAGCUCAUUUGAGCAGUUCCUUCUUCAUGUCUAAAAUUGUUAAUCUCUGCAGAAUAUGUUGGUUCUAUAUAAAUGUGUUGACAUUUCUAAUAGUUUUAAAAAACAAAUCUAAUAAGUAGAGCAAGAAAUUGACCCGAGAAGGCAUGUUUUAGCAAAGCUCCGUAGCAGACCAACCCAAAUGCUCUCAUGCUCAAUUUACUCUUUUUUUUUUUUGAGACUCAACAAUAUCAAACAUAGCCUCAGAGAGAUGUCUAUUGUCCUUUAUCUGCAUAUCAUGUUUGACACUACCCUGUUUUUUCCACCACACUAUUUUUAUUUUUAGCUUUUUUGUAUUUUAUAAAAUCUGAAAAUUAAAAUAAAGAGCGACACAAAAAAACCAUGAGCAGAAAAUAAUGAUACUUGAUAAGCAGACAGAGAACACGGUAACAAUAACCUCAGUGAGUACAAAUUCAGUUUAUUUGUAGAUGAUAAAAAAAAUCAGCCAGCAAAGCAGCAUUCAAUAAACACAAUUAGUAGUCAUUACACUUUUCUAAACAUGUUAUGGAACCUUAUGCUAAAAUGUUUGAGAAUGUAUGUUGGGUAGGUUGGAAUGAUCACAUUCAGCAGAAAGCAUUUUGUGCCACACAGUUCAGUUCAUGGCAGCAGUCAGCUAGAAGUAAUGUUGCAUAAAUUCUUGAAAAGAACACAGUCUUCUACCUGUUCUAGCAGAAACACUCUCAUGGCUGUUCACGUAAUAUGAAUUCUAUAGGAAAUUGCUGAUUUUAGAACAAAAUAAACAAAGUGGAAACAUUUCCCAACACUGCUCUUUUGGCAUAACAGGGAUUUGGCAUAACAUUUGAAUGCCCCAGAUAGGCAAUCAUAGAACAAGUACUGUACUCAAGAAAUGGCAAGUUAAAAAAUUCCUUUAAAUAUUUAUACUACAUUAGGUAAUAUCUCCCCCACGCUAAACGUUCCCAAUUCUGCAGAACAGGCGUUCAAAUCAGCACUUCAAUAGGGCCAUCAAAUAGGGCCAUUCAACUUUGCAAAGAAUUUGAAAAAUAAUGUUUCUAAAAACGAAUAAAUUCCAUAAAAUGAGUGUUAGCUCAUAAUGUCUCCAUGUAAUUUAAUGUUAAUAGCACACCCAUCAGCUAUUAGCAAAUCAAUGCACUUGCCUGUUUCUUCUACUUUCAACCUGUGAUGUAAUGGAAAUAUACUAAAAUAUUUUAAUUUUUUGUCUCUUAACUUGCAAUAUUGGUUUAUCGAACUCCUGUAUCAUUUUUUUUUCAAAAACAUUUCUUUAAAUGUUAUCUGUGGAAGCAAAUAUUUGUGAAAUUUGAAUUGUGACUGCUAUGAAAACUGUUGCAUGUACUGACCCGAAAACCUUAUGUUUUGUUUACAGAUUGUAAUUCAUUAUUAUUAUUAUGUUAUUAUUUAUAUAGCGCCAAUAAAUUCCGCAGCGCUUUACAGUGGGUGGACGAACAAACAUAUAGUUGUAACCAGACAAGUUGGACACACAGGAACAGAGGGGUUGAGGGCCCUGCUCAAUGAGCUUACAUGCUAGAGGGAGUGGGGUAAAGUGACACAAAAGGUAAGGAUGGUAUUAGACUAAUGACAGUUGCAAGAGAAGAAUCAGUCGGGAGCUAUAACAGUUUAAUUGAUACGCUUUUAUGAAGAAGUGGGUUUUUAAUGAUUUUUUGAAGGAGUGGAGACUAGGUGAGCAUCUAACGGAGGAGGGAAGUGAGUUCCACAGGAACGGUGCAGCCCUCGAGAAGUCUUGAAGGCGAGGUGGGAGUACGGACAGAAGAUAGACAUAAGUCUUCAGCAGAACGUAAGGGCCUAUAUGGGACAUACUUGUGUAUUAGGGAGGAUAGACAGGUGGAAGCAGCAUUAUGUAGAGAUUUGAAAGCAAGAACCAGAAUUUUAAAUUGAGCUCUAUAUCUUACAGGAGACCAGUGUAGGGACUGACAGAAAGGUGAAGCAUGGGCAGUGCAGGCAGACAGGAAGAUGAGCCUCGCCGCCGUAUUCAUUAUGGACUGUAAUGGCGCAUGUUGGGAGCACGCAAGACCACUGAUGAGCGGAUUACAGUAGUCAAGGCGAGAAAGGACAGUGGAAUAGACCAGCACCUUAGUCGCAUCUGGCUUUAAGUAGAGUCCGAAGAGCGAUAGACUGAACAUUAGGCGUAAAGGAGAGGUCGGAGUCAAAGAGAACACCUAGGCUCCGACAAGUUGGUCAAGUUGAGUUUAAGGAAGUGAGCAGCCAUCCGGUUAGAAAUAGCAGAGAGGCAGUCAGAGACACUAGUCAAGAGGGACGGGAGAGAUCAGGAGAGGACAGAUAGAUUUGCAUGUCAUCCACAUAGAAUUGAUAUUGGAAGUCAAAGGAGCUAAUUAAAUUACCAUGCUUUAAAGUGUAUAGUAUAGUAGAUUAAUUUCAUUCCUGCAGAACUGCAUCCGGUACUAAUAUAACAUGAGACUUUUGUUGUUUUAUAUGUACAAUGAAAAUAACAUUUAUUAUGUGUGUUUUUUUUCUUUUUCAGUAUCCUCUGGUAGAGCUGCUGGUAAGAAUUACACAUAUUUAUCCAAUAGCUUUCACUUAUAUUUUGUGACUGUUAAAUCUAUAAUCUAUGUGCCUUUUCCACAAAUUAGUUAGUUACAUUUCUUUCAAUAAAUAAUAUAAUUUUAUACAUUUUAUUUUAUCUCAUUUAUAGCAAUAGGGAGCUGUUUUGUAGAUUAUCUGUUUUUUCACUCUUAUAAUCAAAAAGGUAAUGAAAAAUAAAGUGAAGAUGUUCACACCAAAACGUUUCUUUCUUUUCCUUUGGUAAUACCUGCCACAUUGCUUGAAGCAAAGUAAUGCAGUUAUUAUUUUAGUUUAACCCCCUCCCAAUGAGGCAUGUCGGGCGCCAGCCACCUCCUCCAUUGAAAGACAGAGGUUUGCUGCUCUGAGCCAAUGCUGGCUUUACUCGUUGGCUGAGAGUGUCAGCAAAUGAGGCUCACAUGAGCUAAUGGAAGCAAACAAACAAAACAAAUAUUUUUAAUAGAAUUGAAUAGAUUAACAAACAACAUUUUUCUCUUCUGUUCACAGGACCCAAAUAGAAACCGAAUAGGUCAGUGGCUGAACAUCUCACCUGUUGACGGAAUUGCAGAUUUUACCUUCCCUUUGGCAGAAGAGCUUCCACUUGGACAAUACAAGAUUUCUAUACCUACUCUGUCUGUCAAAUCAUUUUCAGUAUCGGAAUAUGGUAAGUGACAAGCUAAGCAUAGAGGAUGUUUUCCCCUAAUUCUAAUCCUAACAAAGAGGAAUUAUCUUAUAUCUGUUUGUGACAUUGGCCAUUUAUUCACCUUAUUAGUAAACAUUGUUAGUGAGUUUUCUGGAUGAAUUAAUCAGCUACAGCUAAAACAUUAACAAAGAUCAGUGAGUGUAGGUUGAAGUGCAGAUAUGUGCAGGCUGAAUAAAGGGUCACUCCCCAACAUUCUAAACAAUACGUAAAAGACAAAACAAGGAGACCAGGGCGCCACAGUCACUACUGUGCUCUUAUAAUUACCAACUUAGAUGAUAAAUCCUCAUGAAAGAGAAAAGAAAACAUAUAUCAUAGUGUAACAUUUAAUUAACAAAGAAUUCAUACAUAUACAAAUAAAUACACUCACAUGCAGAAGUGACACUUAUAUGAUAUAUAUGAUAUAUGUUUUCGUUUCUCUUUCAUGAGGAUUUUUCAUCUAAGUUGGUAAUUAUAAGAGCACAGUAGUGACUGUGGCACCCUGAUCUCCUUGUUUUUGUCUUUUAUAUCGAAAACAUUGUUUUUAAAACAAGACCGGGAUUGUGCACAUAUCUAGUAUAUAUGGAAUAAACAUUAUUCUCCCUUUAUCUCCUUUAGUUUUGAAGAGAUUUGAGGUCAAUAUUAACUUGCCGUCCACGGUUGCCCAGACAGACAAACAAUUUACUUUGGAAGCUUGUGGAAGGUAAGAUCCUCAGAAGUUUCGGUCUUUUAGAAUUUUCACUUACAGCCAUGUCAUCCCCAACAAGUCUUCAGCUAUUAGCCAUAUCAACUAUCAACAUAUCAGUAGUUGUGGACUACAUCUUUCUUAAUGCUUCUACAGGCAAAAUGCUGCAAAACAUCAGGGGAGGUGUAAUCCACAACAUCUGGAGCCUGUAUCAUAAACAAAGAUAUAUUACCGCUACUGGACAUCAGGUGUCCACCAUAAACACAUCACAAGGCCAUUGUCUGUACUCUUCUCAUAUUUCCAGGUACAACUAUGGAAAGCCAGUCCUGGGCUUGUUUAACAUAAAUGUCUGUCUGCAAACAACAAACUCGUGGCCAGAUUAUUUUGCUGAAAAUGAAGAGGAAACAGAUUCUGAAAACUGUCAAGCGAUACUAGGAGAAGAGGUGAAAGUGGCAUUUAAUUGUUUGAAAUGAUUAUUGAUAAUGAUUAUCAAUCCAAAAGAAUCCAAAGAAAACACCUCUUUAAAAUAUUGAGUUUAUUAAUGUGACAAUAUUGAACAAGCUCUAUUACAUACCAAAAUGUUAUAAUUUAACUAUAAUCUUUCAUGCAUUCCUGUUUCUGCUGUUGAUCAAAAAGGUUAAAGGAAAACAACCAGUGCAAUAAUAACAAUUAUACCUCUAAAGGAAGAAUAUCAUCAUUAAAUGUAUCACAGUGUAAGCUGUGUUCUUUAAUUGAUAUUAUCAAUAUGAUUAUUAGAUUUGUGAAUUCUGGUUUUCCUGAAUAGCGAUAUGACAGAAUUUUGGGCAAUCGUGACUCAUCCGAACUUCCAAACUCCAGAAUGCCAAAUGGUUGAAUCAUAAAGCAAAAUGAAAUAGACAAUGAGCCAUUUCAUUUAUUUAGUGAUUCAAAGUUCUAUCUGUGAUUCAAAGUUCUGUCUGUAACCAAAAAAAAAGUUUGAAGGAAAAAAGUGAUUGAUGGCCAAGGGAUAUCUACUAAAUAAUAAUAACGCAGUAUUUAACCAUAAAAAGGCACAUUCAGAUCACUCUGGUUCUCAGGUACAUCCAGGAGUUGUUACUAUUACCCAAUUUAAUGGAACUCAUUUUAGCAACCUCAGAAGGAUGAAUCAACACUGCCAGGAUUCAAACCUGUGACUCAAGGGUUGAACAAGUCCUUCUGAUGAUUCAUUAGCCCACUGAGCUAUCUCACAGACAUUUGGUGCUAUUUACAUUUGAUUUUACAAGUGAAAAUUGACCAACAGAGGCAAAAAUUAGGAAAACAAUCUAUAUUUCCAUAUUAUAUAUUUAUUUUUUAAAAAGUAUAAAAAUAUAGAUUUAUUUUUCUCUAUUGCUUUUUGUGUUUUUUCCUCUAAUCUGGCUUUGGGGCUUCUGGUGUUCAGUAUUCUACUAAGAAGCACAACUUGUAUUUGACUUCAAGGACCAUGAACAAAGAAAUGAGAGGAAGUAUACUAGCAGCAUAAUUCCAUAAAUCCUUAUAGAAAUUAAUAAUAAGAUAUCCAGUUACACUCACAUUAUAUGGAGCCCAUAUAUUCAACCUCUUGAAAUCGAUUUUUUGGUGAUAUAAUAGAUAGGACUAAUCCCUUCUGAUUCUUUCUUUGAGGCUUUUUUAACCUAUAUUGCUAUGUAAUUAUCUUAUGUAUCGCCUUCUCACUAAGUAAUGAAAUAUAUAGUCUAUAUUUGCAAUAUAUAACUUUAUAACUAAAUGAACGAUAGAUAUAUCUUGGAAAGUAACAAAAAUAGAGAAUAUGAGAACUUUGAGAAGGGGAAAAAGCUGUGAGAAACUCAAUAGCUUCCUCUUCGGUUAGUCCCCGCUCAGGUCCCAAAAAUGUUUUUGCUCACCUGUGGCAUUACAAAGAGAACCUAAACCAUUGCACAUCAGACUUAUCUCACCCAUAAGGGCAAUCCAGAACUGAAAUGCUGGCAAAUUCUGUGUGGAAGAGAGAUACAGCAACCACAGCUGGUCAUUUCUUAGCUGAUACUCCUCUUGGCAUAAUGAGCAUAGGGGCCACGUCUGGAUUACCCUUUAAGCUUAAGGAGAGUCCAUACCUUGGAAAGUAUUAAGUAAAGAAGAGGUUAUUUAUCAAAACCAGAAGGCAAAGUGAAUUCAAGUGAAUUUCAAAGUAGCUGAGUAAAAAAGAUUAAUUGACUUGGAGAAUUUUUCAUUUUGGCUUUAAAUUUGAAAUUCACUUAGAAUUUUUAAAAUGUUUCACUUUAAUGACUGACCCUGAAGGUGAUAACAGGAGAGCAAGCUACAAUAUGCAACAUAUGUUAGAAAACAAUAUCUUGUGUUUUUACUGUUAUCAGAUUGUCUUUUUUUAUUUCCUUUGAUCUUCAUUUGUAUUUGUUAGUAUAUAUAUAUAUAUAUAUAUAUAUAUUCCUUUCAGUUUGGUAAUGCUAUUAGAAGAUGUUGUGGCUGAGGCCUAAAUAUGAAUAUGAAUUUGUUAAAUAAUAUACUAUAAGUAAGCAAUAAGUUACAACAUUAAUAUGUUUUAUAUCUCUUCCUAUUAUUGUCAAAUGUAAAAUAAACAAGACAGUAUAUAAAUAUUAGACUACAACAAACUAAGUAACAGUGAAUUACUUAAACAACACAAUACAUAAAUGAAUCAUUUACAGAAUACCCCCACACCCAGCCCAAGGAUGGGGGCUUAGUAGCUAACUGAUAUUCUUUGUUACAUCCUGGAGCAAGGUCUGACUGUCUCUUAACUCACCUUUUUAUAUAUCCCAGUGGGAUGCUUCCAUAGAGUAGGCUGGCCUAUGGUGUCACUGUCAGAAAUAAGCUACAAGGAAACCAUAUGGUGGAAAUGAAUCAUACAUACUGCCCCUAGUGGUUACUCUAAAGUACUAACAUUAUUAUGCUAUAGAGGGAGGCUGAUUGAGGCCUUAGGGGUAGCAAGUACUAGUAACAAGUAAGAACGCAAAUACCUGGUAAUGGAGUGGGGUACCAGGUUAGGUAGGUUGAGUAGGUUCUUGUCUGAUGGCAGUAUGAACGUAGGCCUAAGUAAAAAUGUAGAGAAUUUAAACACAGAAAGGAAGUAGGACCGUGUGAUAAUCGUGAUAAGUAGAGACCGCGUCAGGUCUAGUGUGAGAGCCCCGUAAUGAGUAGAGUACUAUACUUUGAUUUGUUGUACAGGUACUUGGAUGAGUGUAAGUGGUUUGUAUGGAGAAAAUCGGAGGAAGCCUAGAAUAAUGUUGGAGCUAGGGACCAUCGUACAAUUAUUAGAAAAGAAGUGGGUAUAACAGUAUAUAUUAAUUAACAAAUUCCCCCAGAGGACCGGGUUAACUGGACAUAAUGAUACGAGAGUAGAGGGGCCGUACGAUUGUGACAAGUUUAGAUUGAAGGCUGUCUGAGGCCUUGACAUGAUUGAAACUGAAGUGAGUAAAUAUUAUACCUGGAUUGUAAAUACAAGAACUUGGAUUUGACAACUUAUGCAGUAAUACAAGGCAAACGGACAAUCUGUGGAGACCAAAGAAAUGUAACAGAGCUAAGAUUAAUGUCUGCAUAAGCUAUAGAGAAAUAGAGAAAAAUAUGAAAUGUAGGGUUUGGAAAUUCCCCCAGAGGACCGUGCUACAUAUUAAUAUAUAUGUUCUGUGAGGCGUACGGGGUUGGCGUGGAGUUGGAAAACUCAGCCAAUGUAGUUGGGUGUCAGAAGAAUUUAUUAAGUAUUUAACACAACUUAAAACACAGAGGGUUAACUCAAAAAAGGCCUCGGAAUGCAUUAACCGAGUUCUGAGAAAAUGUCAUACAUCUGAGGAUCUUAUAUUUUUAAACAUAAUUAAACCAAGAACCACAGUAGUAGUAAAUGGUUACAGUAAUAAACAGAUUUUUAACUAAUUUCGACAGAUUUAAUACAAGCAGAUAAGUAACCGAACGGGUAAGUAUAUAUAUAUAUAUGUUCGUUUAGUUCGUACGAACGAAAGCUGAUAAUUGCAAGAACAGGGUUCGGCAGUUGAGAUCGCACAGGGAACCCACUGAAGCUUAAGUAUCAUCUGCAUUCGACUAAUUCCACAUGAACAGCAGAAGUACACGAACGGGUAAGUAUGUGAAAAUUGCACAAACCGCUAAAUGAACUAACGGGUAAGUAUACAUGUACAUAGUUCGUUUGUAUGAACGGUAGACAAGAAUUUUAAUGAAAUUUACACCAGAACAAGUGUCAGUAGUUUAGACCGCACGAAGGACCCACGAAAAGUAAGUAUAGCCAGCAUUCGACUCAUGAGCUGUAAGCCAUAAUCAUCGCACUUAUGACAAAUCACGGCUUGAACUAUCUUGCUUUGCAUGUAAUGCGUCUAUCUCAUAUAUUAGUUUCCACUUUCACGUUGCAUUACUGAAAUAAAUGAACUUUUGCAUGAUAUUCUAAUUUUUUCGAGUAUCACCUGUAAAUUGAACAUCACAGACACAUGUAGUUUAUUGUAAUGUUAUCCUUUACUGACAUCUAGUGGAUAAAUUAUGUUUUUAACUCUUUAAGCCAAUUUUCAUUCUGUGGGUCACUUAUUGGUGAAUAAAACCUCAGAUGUUUCAGAACUACAACUCCCAUGGUGCUUUGCAUGGAUUUAGAAUGCCUUUACAAUGACAAACCAUCAUUCAAACUGUAGUUUUAAAACAUCUAACUUUUGGUGACCCCUGUGCUAUAGUAAAUGUAUCAGCUCAGUAUUGAAUUAUAAGUCAAGUUACACAUCUUUUCGGUCCCUGUUUUAAAUACCAGAAUACGCUGUGUGUUUGUUUGUGGAUCUGAACGUGGGUUGCUUGCAGGAAAUAAAUAGGUCUGCAAAACCAAUAAAUUACAAUAAAAUAGCACAUUGUGUCGGCAGUCCUCCAAUUUAGUGAAAUAUACCUUUUAUUGUUUACAACAGGAGAAGCCAGCGUUCAACAAACUAAUGGCCGUUGCCUCUAACAUUCCAACCUUGGAAUCCAGCUGCAAAACACUGAAUUAUAGUUAGGUGAAAAACCAAAAGCGACAUUUAGGGAAAUGUAUCCAACUCAGCUACAUCCUGGUUAUUUUAGUCUAAAUUUCAUUUUCAAUUUACUGCAUUUUAGUGUUUACUGAAUAAACCUAUUAAAAUUGAAAAACAGAGUGAGAUUAUACAUGGUAUGAAUAGAUUUGUGUGGGAACUGCUUUGUUCUAAGAGCAUAGUUAAAGUCUAACUUAUUCUCAAUUCUUCAUUCUUAUUAUAUUACAUUCCACCAAAUGCUUUUAUUUUUUAUUUUUUCACAGACUAAUAGCAGAGGCUGCAUCUCCAAAAAUAUUGAUCUUCACUUUUUCAAUCUUUCAAACCCAGAAUUUGAGCAAUACUUAGAAAUUUCAUGUGUUUUAUCAGAAUUCAUUACAGGUGAGAAUCCUUUAAUAAAGUAGAAUGUGUAUUAUCAACCAUUAUAAGAAGUUCCAUUAAAGAUGUCAGGUUAGAAGAAACACUUCCUUCAACUUUCUCAGAAAUAAAAUAAAAAGUACUUGCUAAAUAUAGUACAUAUAUAGUUAUAACAAAAUGUACCAUAUAGUGAAAUACACAAUACAGUGUUAAACAAACUGUACUCAACACAUAGCUAUACAAUAAAGGUCCUUCUGCAUCUUUUGUGCAUGACCAGCUAAAGAUGUUUAAGGGUAUUGGCCAUAGAAGGUGUAAAGACGUCAACGGAAGAAUAAGAACUAGCUGAAAGCCUAGGGCACUAAUGUGCGAUGUAAAUGUCAUCGGUUUUACCUGAACCUGAUAUUCAUAAGAAUUCCGCAGGAGACUGAAACAUAUACACUUGUGUCAGGAAUAAGAAACCAGCACUAAGACUCUUUAUUCUUUGGUACUAAAGACAAAAUUGACAAUAUCAAAGUUGUGUUUUUAAUUGAAAUCUUCAAUUGGUGUAAACAGUUACGUGAAAUAAAUGUUAAAUGUUAUGCCAAAAAAAGACAAAAAAAAAAGCUUUCAAUUAUCAAAUCUGGUCAAAUACAAAGUAGAACUUGUCUCAUAUAAUCAUUUCACAGGUUUAGUAUUCUUUCUAUAUUCUGUUACCACCUAGUGUUUUACAUGUUUAUGCAUUUUUUUUUUUCAAUUGAAAAUUUUUAUUUCCCGAAUUUGAAGAUUCGAGUUUUCAGAUAUUAACAAGAGGGUGGGGGUAGAAGGGUACAGAAUAAAGAAGAGGGUGUGGGGGGGGGGGAAUCGGUACAUUCAAGGUAAUCGAUUUAUACAUGUCAAUAACAAAGUUAUACAAAUAGUAUAAGGCAAUACGAAUAGUACAAGGCAAUACAACUAGUAUAAGGUAACACAAAUAGUGUAAGGUAUUACAAAUAGUAUAAGGCACUAUAACAUGUUAGUAGAGCAAUAGUGUUCCCACAUAUGUCCAGCUCUAAAAGAAGUCACCCUACAUCUCCGUUUUAUACCAAUUAAACUUGUUAUACCUUGGAAGCCUUAGGUUAUUAUCAUCUAUCAAGAGGUUUGGUGAGCCAGUUUUACGAAUGGCUUCCAGAUCUUAAUAAUCUGUGCAGUGAGCUCGUGGGAGGUGGAAGCUAAAAGCUCAAAUUUGUAAUAAAGAGUUAUCCUAUCAAGUAGGUCUUUUCGGGAAGGGCAACUGGUGGUUUUCCAGUUUUGGGCUAUGAGAUGUCGCGCCGCUAGAAUUAUUAAGGAUGCUAUCUUUUUGUCUGCUUUCUUCCAUUGUGUAGGGAAGAUCAGUAGGAGUGUUAGUGUCGGCGAUAUGGGUUCUUGAAGAUGGAGUAGUCGUUGCAGAAGUGAGUGAACCUGUGACCAGAGUGGUGAAAUCUCUUUACACUCCCACCAUACGUGCAUCAUGGUGCCUGUGUGUGACAAGCAUCUCCAGCAUGUUGAGUUUGUGUUGGGGUAUAUUUGGUGAAGCCUUUGGGGCGUGAGGUACCAUCUGUAUAACACUUUUUUAUGUGCUUCCACAUGUGAGAAACAAGAGGUGAGGCCUGAGAGAGCAGUGAGCGCCGAAAGCCAGUGUGAGUCCGUGAGUGUAGGUAUUCCCUCUUUUUCCCAUUUUUGUACAUAGGAGAAUGAGCGGGGGGUAUUAUAGUCAAGUGUGGUCCUAUAGCAUAGCGACAGGGCUUUGGGUUUUAGUGGAGAUGUAUGGCAUCUGGAAAAGAUCUCUGUCAUGUCUGUUAAUCUAUAUGGUUGGAUCUGGGGAUUCAAGGUUACGUGAGUGGAGAUGACACUUUUUACCUGUAGGUAUUGAAAGAUACAAGAGUUAGGUAUGUUAUAUUGUGUUUGCAGGGCUGGGAAUGGCUUGAUUCCUUUUUGUGUGCAUAUGUCUUGGAUAAGUUUCACUCCAUACUUGGUCCAGGUCUUUAAGGACAACCAAGGUGUCAGUCUGGUCAAAGCUUCAAUCGGGGCCUGUAGGCAGAAUUUCCCUUUUUCGGUUAUAGUAGCCAUUAGCCUGUCCCAGUAUUUAAGCAUCAAUGCAGAGGUGGGGUAUAGUGACAAUUUCGGUGGUCGAUGGAUCUUAGGGGACUACAUGGCGUGGAGUAGGGAGUGCGGUUUGGAUCUAUCGGAUUCCAUAUCAGCCCAUUGGAACGUGUGUUUCGGAGCGUGAUAUCGAAUAGCGGAGUCUAGAAUGGCAGCUUCAUAAUACGUGGUUAACUUGGGCACCCCUAAACCACCUCUAGAUUGGAGCUGCUGCAGUAUGGAUACAUGUAAACGCGGUUUAGUUUUGUUCCAAAUGAAUCUAGCAAUUAUAGUUUGGAUAUUCUUGAGAGUCUGUGGGGGUACUUGUAUCGGGAGCAUUCGAAAUACGUAGAGGAUUUUUGGUAACAGCACCAUUUUCACGGUGUUUAUCCGUCCUAACCAUGAUAAGGGUACAUGUUUCCAGUGAUUGCAUAGUGAUUUACAAGUCUGUGAAAUCAGCCCAUAGUUCAUUGACAACGUUCUAUGGGGGUGUAACGCCAGUUUUACUCCUAAAUAUGUAAUAGAGUCCUGUCUCCAAUCAAAUCGAAAGGAUUGUCGGAGCAGGUUGACUUGUGUGUUUGGUAUGUGGAGGGGUAGUGCUUGUGUCUUGGUGUUAUUAAGUUUAUAGUACGAUAUUUUACCAUAAUCGUGGAGGAGGGAGAGGAGGCUAGGAAUUGUAUACGUCGGAUUUCCCACUGUCAAUAAAAUGUCAUCUGCGAACAUUGAUAGUUUAAAAGUCGAGGAGCCUAUGUCUAUACCUGAUAUCAAAGGGUCGUUUCUAAUUUUAUGCGCUAAAGGUUCUAGGGCGAGGAUGAAUAAAAGAGGGGAAAGGGGGCAUCCUUGCCUGGUGCCAUUAGAGAGAGCGAAAGGACGGGAGGUGAAGCCCGAGCUAGACACUCGUGCGGUUGGUGAUUUAUAUAGUGCCAGAAUACCUCGGGUCAUUUCUUGUGGGAAACCAUAUUUGUUUAAUACUGAUACCAUAUAAGCCCAGUUAAGUCGAUCAAAGGCUUUUUCAGCGUCUAAGGCCAACAAUAUGCUUUCAGUUCUUUGGUCCGCAAUGUGAGAUAGAAUGUUUAGGAUUUUUCUGGUAUUGUCGGAUCCUUGCCUGCCUUUAACAAAGCCUGUCUGAUCGUUGUGUAUGAUGCGGGUUAAUAUCGGGCUUAUCCUGUUAGCUAACAAUUUGGCAUAUAUUUUAGUGUCGCAGUUUAGCAAAGAUAUAGGUCGGAAAUUGGAGCACUGAGUCGGUGGUUUCCCAGGUUUUGGUAAGGUCGAAAUGUGGGCUUGUAGCAUUGCUGCAGGCAUGGAGCCCGUUUGGAAACAUCGGGUGAAGAAUGAUUUCAUGUAUGGUACAAGGGUGUCCCGAAAUGUAUAAUAAUAUAGGUUUGUAAAGCCAUCUGGGCCUGGGGAUUUGUGCUUUGGUAGUUGGUCGAGGGUAUCAAUUAUUUCCUGGUCUGAGAAGGGUUGAAUUAGGGCAUGACAUUCAUCUGGGGUGAGGGAUGCCAAUUCAAUAUCCUGCAGAAAUUGGUCUAUAUCCAUUUGCUUAGGGGGGGGACUGUCUUGUGACUUUGCUAGGUUAUAUAGGCCGCUAUAAUAUUGGCUAAACUCGUCUACUAUUUCUUGAGGGUCUAUGAUUUUCUUGCCUUGGUUCGAAAUAAGGAAGGCGAUUUUCGACGAUUGGGAUCUUGCUUUAAGUUGCGCUGCCAGAGUUUUCCCUGCCCUGUUUCCGGUAUGGAAAAAUUUAUGUUUCAACUUCGUUAAGAGGUAGGUCGUUUUCUCCAUCUCUAUAUCUUUCAAGGUAGACUGUAGUUCACGUAUCCGUGUGGUGGUAGUGUGAGAUGGGCUUGUCUUGUUUGUGUGUGUGAGUGUGGCUAGUUCUUUAUGUGUAUCUACAUAGCGUUUGGUUCUCUUUUUGUUGUUGUAGCUAGCGUGUUUAAUGAACUGCCCUCUAAGGACGGCUUUGUGUGCUUGCCACAGAGUAUCUAUAUUCAUCCCUUCUGUAUCGUUUAAUACAAAAUAUGAAUGGAGUUCUUUUUUGAUUUGUGCUACCAGUUCCUCGUCUUUUAAGAGGUAGUCAUUGAGGCGCCAUGUGCGAGUCCCAGAAAUGGGGUAUUGUGUUGCUAGGGAUAAUGUAAUCGGGUCGUGGUCCGACCAUGUAAUAAUACCUAUGUCCGCUUUGACUAAUGUCGGAAUUAGAGUCGAGGGGAUAAGGAAGCGGUCUGUUCUGGAAUAUGUGUCAUGAACUUGGGAGCAAUGCGUAAAGUCCCUGUCUAGAGGAUGAAGGGUUCUCCAUGCGUCAUUAUAGUCGUGUGUACGUAGCGUUUUGUCUAGGAGGGAUAUGGAGCGCGUUCUUUGGUUCAUUGUUUGUCGCGAAAUUUUGGUGGAGGAAGUGGUGUCUAAAGUUUGGUCUAGAAUGAAAUUUGUGUCUCCCCCUAUAAUAACCUGCCCGAAUUGAUAAGCAGAUGCCAAAACUAAGAUGUGUUCAAUAAAGGUGUGGCAGUCAGUGUGUGGUCCGUAGAGAUUGAUUAAGGUAUAUUGUGCGUUAUUAAUAAUGCAUUGAAGUAGGAGGUACCGGCCUUUUUUGUCGCCUAUUUUUUUCACUAGUUGGAAUGUCACGUCUUUACUAACUAGGAUAGAGACGCCUCGUUUUUUUGUCUUGUAUGUGCUGUGGUAGUUUGUGGGGAAGUGUCUGGAGAAGAAUUUGGGUUGGUUGGAUGUUUGAAAAUGGGUUUCCUGAUAAAAUGCUAUAUGAGCUUUCUGUUUCUUUGCUUCUAAAAGGGCCAUACGUCUUUUGUGUGGUGUGUUCAACCCUUUGGCGUUUAUAGAUAGAAUGUUAAGUGUCAUGGUGUGUUGAUGUGGGAUCCUAGAGUGAGUUGCUGGACUAUCGUGAAUGGUGGGAGAGAGGAGAUGGUAGGUGGCUGGUCCUGGGGUUUGGGUAUCGUAGCAUUAUCCAACCAAUACGUAACUCGCUGGAUCUCUAGAGGGCAUGAGUGGGAUGACCUGUGCCAUGUGGAAGAAUCCUUGAAAUUUUUGUUGUGGUGGUACGCGAUCCCCUUGCGGGGAGGUAAGGACGGGGGGUAAGGGAAGUAACUGGGAAAAUCAAACCAACUAUGUACAUUAAAAAGGUCUCUGCUGUGAGACCUGAUACUACCGGUGUUAUUGGGCAUUGAAGCCCUUAUGGGGGUUGGAGGAUCCCCAUAUGCGGUGUGAGAGAACAUUCCCUAUAGAGAAAUCAAGAUAUCUCCCUAGUUUGCGUGUGUCUUAACGGCAGUGUGGCAGUGUGGCAAAACUAGCAGUCUAUAGCGGGCUAUAGCCCAAACCUUCGGUUUACCUUUGCCUCUAGGUCCUGAAACAGCAUUUCAGUCAGUGUCAGAGUGUAACCAGGGGCGGCUACAUAUCAUACAUGUGCAAAAUUAUACUUUGUAUCUGGUAUGUUAUAUACAGUAGCAAGUGCUUAUGGUGAGAAACAGGUCACCAACCAAACGAGAUGUUAUGGGACAUCAAGUGGCAGUAGAAAGAGAUAAAAGUAUAUACAAAAAAAAAAAUAUUGAAAAUAUAUAGAAGAAAAAAAUAUAGAAAUGCACGGUAAAACUUGGUGUGGGCGUAACAGUAUUAGCAUCGUCAUGUUGUCCUGUGACAAGAGCCUGUCUAGUGUGAAAGGCUCGGGAUGAGACUACGUGUAGUAUUAGGGCUAUGAGGUGCAUGAGCUCCGCUAGGCCUCUUACAUAUCUAGCGACAUUAUGGUUUUGCCCUGGGUAUGUGACAGUCUCAGGGUUCUAGAGGGUCGUUAGGCAAAAGGGUGCGGUGUCCCCCUCACGUGGGAUAUCUAUGUUUGGGGAUAUCGCUCGAUUCAUUCCCUUUUUAGGUGCCAUGUUUGGGUGUACGGCUAGGGAGGGGCUCUUGUAAAAGAGUGUCGCAGGGGACCUAGGUCCUUGGGCCUAAAACCUGUGACCCUCCCACUACUAAUGCCACAAAGCUCGAGGAGAACUAAACAUAUAUAACACAGUAAUUAGGUAUUACCAGUCCAUAGCAACUUUUACAGCAUAUAUCGUGAGAGUUAGUCCAUUGGGCACGGGUUUGCAUAGGCUGAUAUAGCGUGGUUCACUUAUCUGUGCGUCGAGUUUCCCAAUCUUGGGUGAUCUUUAAUGGUGACCUGGGUACAGAUUUUGCAGCCGUGUCGUCUGUGGGGUCUGUGUUGACAGGAAUAUUCCAGUCGGCCAGUGCUUUCUUCCCUUCUGCCAGGGUCACGAUGUGUCUUUCAUUACCGUUCCGUUUGACGAUGAGGCGUGUUGGGAAGCCCCACUUGUAGGGGAUCUCUGCCGCUCUUAAAGCGCUUGUGAUCGGUGCGAGGAUUCUUCUGGCUUGUAACGUGUGGGCUGAGAGAUCUGUAAACAAUAGAAUCUUGUUAUAUUCUUCAGGUAGGCUAGGCCGUUUUCUAGCGGCCGACAUUAUGGCCUCUUUAGUGGUGUAGUAAUGCACCCGUGUGAUGGUGUCUCUGGGAGCUGUCGGUGGUAGGUGCUGAGGCCUAGGUAGCCUAUGGAUCCUGUCCAAUAGUAACGCGGACUCUGUGAGAUCUGGGGCCAGUAAGUGGAAAAUCCGGCGCGCGUAGGCUCCUAGUUCGUGUGGGCCCACACUUUCUGGAAUGCCUCUAAUGCGGACAUUGUUCCUUCUGUCUCUGUCUUCAUGGUCGGCAAGUUUUGUAAGUAUCAUGUUGAUUUUAGUCUCCAUGGAGUCGAAGGCCGUCACCACAUUAUUAUGUGCUGUGAUGAUUUCUUCAGUUUUGUUUUCUAAGUAGUCUGUGCGGUCACCCAGUGCUUUAACGUCCGCUCUGAUUUCUUUUGAUAGCUGGGCGAAGUCCGCUCGUAGGGACGUUUGAAGUCCAUUGAGCAUCUUUUGAAUCGCUGAUUCCGUGGCCGGGAGGUCUCUGUGGGAGACCGACGUAAUAUCGCUCCGUCCGGAGCUCGAGGCUGGUGAUGUAGGCCUCUCGGCGCCAUCUUGUGAGCGACGGGGAGAGGAGGCCAUGGCCGAGAUUUGUAGGUUGGGGGCCUCUUUCGCCUUUGCUCUUUUCGGGAGGCGCUGUGCCAUGGUGGCUGGAAUGCUGGUAGCUUCUUAGCUUGUGGAGAAGGGGGUGAUCUCUCUUUGGAUGCUUGUCAAAUCGCUGCUUUGCGGGGAUCGCUCACGGAGCUGAACGUUCACACGUCUGUUCUCAUGAACGGUCAGGCCACGCCCCCCCAUGUUUAUGCAUUUUAAAAAAAAUUUAAAAAUAACUUUUACUACUGAUCCAACAUAUGUAUGAUAAUGUUCUUUGAAUUUGUACACAUAAUGUUUGCUGACAAACAAAACCCUAUGGAUCUAAACUGGUUCAUGGAUUGCAGGAUAAAACUUACCAGGAAAGGUUAAAAGAUCUUAACAUGUAUAGCUUUGAGGAAAGACAAGAAGGGGGGAUAUGAUAGAAACAUUUAAAUAUAUAAAGGGAUUCAACACAGUAAAGGAGGAGACUAUAUUUAAAAGAAGAAAAACUACCACAACAAGACGACAUAGUCUUAAAUUAGAGGGACAAAGGUUUAAAAAUAAUAUCAGGAAGUAUUACUUUACUGAGAGGGUAGUGGAUGCAUGGAAUAGCCUUCCAGCUGAAGUGGUAGAGGUUAACACAGUAAAGGAGUUUAAGCAUGCGUGGGAUAGGCAUAAGGCUAUCCUAACUAUAAGAUAAGACUAGGGAGUAAUGAAAGUAUUUAGAAAAUUGGGCAGACUAGAUGGGCCGAAUGGUUCUUAUCUGCCGUCACAUUCUAUGUUUCUAUGUCUAUGUUUCUAUGAUUAAAAAAACACUGGUGAUUCAGAGAAAAUACCCAUUUUUUGUUUCAGUGUAUUGCCAUCUGGUGCUAAACCACCAUCUGUAAUAGACAGAGAAAGAACUCUUCACUCAUUGAAGUCUCCUGACAAUUGAGUUAUAAACAGCAGUUAUUGUGGAUACUUUCUCACAUUGCGCAACGUGAAGCCAAUGUUUACGGGGGUUUUCUUGUUAUACGUAGGCUGAAACAUUGUGUGUUGUCUUCUAGGUCAGGAGGAAAAAGCGACAGCCAAAAUCUCUAUUGCAAGUCAACUUGUGCUUGAAUUUGUGAAUAUCAGGAGAUAUUACCAGAAAGGACUACCCUUCAAUGGCAUGGUGAGCAGGCAUUCAUGGAUAGAUAGAUAGAUAGAUAGAUAGAUAGAUAGAUAGAUAGAUAGAUAAAUAUAUCAAAUAAAUAAGUAAAUGCGUAAAAUUGAAAGGACAAUAUAUGCUAAGGGUUAUUCAUGAAAGCAUAGCUGACUAUUUUUCCACUUUGGCUAUUUCGACCUUAAAUUUGAAAUUCACUUUCAAUUAACUUGGAAUUCUCACUUUAGCGAAUAAUCCUGAUAGUGUAUUUAGUUAGGCUGAGGUGGAUGUGUUUGCACUAAGCUGGCCAGGUACAACUUUAAAAUUCACAUUUUGUUCAAAUCGCUCUAUUUAAGUCAAAAGAUUGAUUAAUUACAUUACAAGUUACAAGAACAUAUUUUUAUAGGGCCUAUGCUCCUCAUAAGUUAGAUUUUCAAAAUAUUUCUUGUUGUUUAAGAAAAAUAUCCACAUUUAAAACUUGCACUAAUAGAAUGAGGAUCCACGUAAUAUGUGCCAUUUACUUGUUGUAACUCUUCCAAAUUAAAUUUACAUAUGCUAAGCUAUUCAAAAUGUGUAUCGGUCAAUCUCAGGUAACUUUAGUUCAUUUUUCACAAGGUUUCUAUGAGGAAGAUUGAUGCAUCAUGGGCCUUUUAAAAACAUGUUUAAAAGAGUGUCAACUAAGUUCUUUAUUUUUCCCUCUGUAAAGUGUUUAUUUUAAAAAAAUCGUUGGUUACUGGUUCAACUAAUUGAUACUUUUAUUUUUUAUUUUAAAGGAGACCCAAACUUUAUCAAUUUUGUUAUAAUAUAAUUAAUUGAACAAUUUGAUAAAUGAUGAAUCAAACAUAACUGAAAAACAUAGUGGUUUGGCAUUAUUUUUUUUAGAAAACAAGCAAUUUAGUGAAAUCAAUGAACAUUGAGUAACAGUAAUGUGUGUGUGUUUACAUGUAUGUGUAUAAGUGUGUCUCUGUGUGUGUGUGUGUGUGUGUGUGUGUGCUAUGUGCUCAUAGUUCUUCAUGGAAAAAAAGAGAAGGGAAAGGAGGGAAAAAGAUGAAGGAAGACAGAAAGAGUGGAGCCAGAUAUGGUUGUGGGUGUUUCCCACUCUUUCCCCUGCUGCAUGCCAUAAGUGGGUGUAUAUGGCUCCUGUAUAGUAAGGGUUCUCUCCCUCUUCUUCUUCAAAAGGUAAGUCCUCAGAUGUCUGCAUUUAAAUACCUAAGGACAAUUUAAAAAUAGCAUUGCUUGUCUAUAAAAUGUUAAAUGGUUCAGUUUCACAAACUACAUCUAACAGGGUUGUAGAUAGUAUUGCUUUAAAUUUGUGAAAACAAACUUGCCUGAUCUUUACUAAGAAGCCUUCUCCAGCUUGGCCAAGACUUCUUUCUCAAUUUUCAUGUGACUAACUGUGACUGCACUUUUGGGUGGGAGAUGCACAUAAUGUUCCUAAACAAGUUCCAAAGGAAGUCUGUUCAAGCUAUUGACACCAAACCUAUGCAUAAAAUGGACCUCAACAUGUCUUUCAUUUGUAUCUGUGAUGACACCAGGGUACAGAUCACCUUCGUACUACAGCACACUCAAUUUGCCAACAACUUAAGUACUUUCCAUCUAACUAAAUGUCUGUGGCUGUGAGAGCUGUGGAAGCCAUCUAUUGAUUACAGAACCUGGAAUGCUUUGUAUUAAAGCACUCACAGUUCAGAUUUUGUAUUGUCAUGCACAAGCAGCUGAUGUUCCUGUAUGGCAGUGCUUCAUGGGCUAGGGUCUCUGCCUAUUGUAUAAUGGACAGAACUGGUGGCAACAUUGAAACUUCUUUCUCAAGUACUUGCAAUGCUCACUGACAAAAAACAACUGACUAGGUAAUUUAAAAAUCUGUUACCAUUAUUUAGAGGGAUAGAGCAGUGUAAAUGUGCCUCCCAUUGCUGCGCCAAUUUUGAGUUUGAAUUAUAUAUUUUAAUGUACAGUUAGAUUAAUGUGCAGGACACUUAAUAAUAAAACAUGUUUAGACUUAAUUUCUAUCCAUAUUUAUACAUUUAAUCUCCUGGGGACAGAAAUGCUCCCCAUUUGGUGGAAUGGAUCCCAUUUGGUGAAAUGGCCCAUGAAGCCUAAAGAACAUUUAACCCCUUAAGGACCAAACUUCUGGAAUAAAAGGGAAUCAUGACAUGUCACACAUGUCAUGUGUCCUUAAGGGGUUAAUGUACUUUAAUGCAAUCUAGAUUUGCUAAAUUAAAACAAUCACUGUUUAUUGAAUACCUAUUAAAUUACAUAUUUUGCAGAGUGACAUGUCUAAACCAUUACUUGACCUCUACUGACCUUACUUGACAGGAAUUCCAUAGGCUAUCAGUAUUGAAUGAAUCAAUAUGUUUUAGAGAAUUAAUUGCUCCCUGGAAUGCAAUGGUGGUGACCAUGUACCAUUCCUAUAUGUAGAUGAAAGUGGAGGACAGAAAUGGAGAACUGAAGCCAAAUGAAACAGUUUUUCUGGUAACGAACAUCAACGAUGUAGAUUAUAAUUUGAGACUUCUAACCAACGAAUUUGGCAUUGCCCAUUUUACACUCGACACCACAGAAUGGGAGGAUAUGGUGACACUUCAGGUAAGGCCCCAGUGUGAAUGGAGGAAUUCUUAAUUAUGAAAAUGUUCUACUACAAUGAUAAGCAAAUAAAUUAAACAUCUCCCCUCAAGCCAAUUAUCAGUUUUCUCCAGGCAGAGCUCAAGCCCUAUAGCUAGUGAACAUACCUCUUGCUAUGUGCAUCCUUCUUCUUGGUCAAAAGUAUUAAUUUUUCAAGCUUCCACUCAUCCUUUAUAAUGUAUGUUUGGCAUCAAUCUCGAGACCUUUCAGAGUAUAUUGAAAUUAUUUUAAGCAUUGCUAAAAACUGUACAUAGUAUUUAUUAAAACUACAUAAAAAACAAGGCUAAUUAAAAAUAAAACUGGAACAUAUAACUGACACAAUAUAUUCUGCAGUGUGUAACGUGUAAGUAAGUAGCCUACAAGCUGUCCAGAUUCACCAGUUAUAACUGCAUGGGCCAUGGAAAAAGAUGAGGAGCAAGCUUGUUGGCACAGGGGGAAGGUGGAAGGAGGGUUGCUGAUGCUAGCCUAUAGAGCGGGGGUGGUUCCAUCCAAGGAAUUCCUCCAUCCAAAAUUCACUGUUUAGAUUGGUCUUAGAUGGUAAUAUGGUACUAGAAAAGAAAAGUGAGGUUAGCUUUCAGGAGGUCUUACACUAUGCAGAAAUUGCAGGUCUCCUCUUUGCCCUUGCAACCAAUAAUGGACGCACAUUCACAAACUAUCGUUCACUUGCUUUUUGCAAACAAAUUAUAGCAUUAAAAACACUAUUGUUAAAAACCCUCUGCAACGUGAUGUGAUGUUGCUAGUCAACCGUCAAAGUAAAAUGUAAGGGAAAAAAGUUUAUGUUUUUCAAUAUGACCCCAUAUUACUAUUGGUGCAGCUACACACCUCCCUUAUGCCCCCACCCACCAUCUAACAAAUGGUGAGCAGCUAGUACAGGCUUCCCCAAACACUCGCCCUCCAGAUGUUGCUGAACUACAAAUCCCAUGAUUCUAGGAAUUAAAUAGAUAGGCUGAGAAUCAUGGGAGUUGUAGUUCAGCAACAUCUGGAGUGCUGGAGUUUGGAGAACCCUGAGCUAGUAGAUGCACAGUUUUAUUAAUAUUAAUGAGGGGGCAGCACUAGCAUUUGCAGAGGGCAAAUAGGUCAGAUUUUUUGGACAUAGAUUUUAGGCAUGGCCUGGAUUUCAGUAGACCGAUGUCUUUUGAUAUAGUUGAAAUCCAUAAGAAAUUUGGGCACACAUGUUGCACGUUUAGCAAAAUCUUGACAUUGUUGAAUAGCAUGACCAAUAUCUGGAUUUUGCAAUCUGAAAGACCUCAAAGCAAACAAAUGGUUUUACCCCCAUUCGGUUUGGGAAAUAAGGACUUUAGUGAAUAGACGACUAUGACACAUAUUCAAUAACACUAUUUGGAUCUACAUAUAGUUUAGAAAGUGAUUUUUCUAGAAAACUGAGCUGUAUAUUGUAUUUAAACAUACACUAAACAGAAAAUAUAAUCACUAAUUAAUUUAAAAAAAUAUUAAGUGCAACAAUUUGCUGUCUAUCUAUGUUUCCAUUUGCAUCCUCUAUCUAUAUUUUUAUUUUUAUUUACUUUGUCCAUGACCAUGCUGUUUCCUUUAGGGAAAAUUUUCGUUGGAUGAAAGUAAUGAGCUGGGCAGCAAAAUAGAUGCAUUCACAUGGCUAGAUCCCUUCUACUCUGAGAGUAACAGUUUCCUGAAGAUCGAAGCUAUUGCAAGUAAACUGGAAUGUGGUACCAAGCAGCUGAUUCAAGUCAAUUAUGCCCUUAACAAGAUGGAAUUGGAUCCUAAUACAGAGCAUCUCUCAUUCUUUUACCUGGUGAAUCUCCUUUCUUCUUGUUCUGUAUACUGUUUGGUGUAAUUUUCCUUUUUAUCCUCAUGAAUCCUUACUGAGUAUCUCUCAUCCUUUCAGCUGGUAAAUUUCCUAUUUUCCAUUCUAUACUGAGAACUCUACUGUCUUAUCUAAUUCCUCCUCAUAUUCUCCCUCAAGUUAAUGGAUUGUAUAUUUAAAAUACAAGAACAUUUGUCAAAGUACGUGUAAGAAGCUACGGGAUGAGCUGGUUUGAUUUAAAUUCUAAUAAUUAUGAAUCACUGUGGCUAAAGAUACAGAUAUUUAUUGAUUCAUUAUUAUUAAUUGAUUGACAUUCUGCAAUGUUUCAGGACACAAUAAAAGGUGUUUUUUGUCAUUUUUUGUAAUGUAAUAUGUUUCUGUGUGUCUUACGUUGAGUAAUGUAUUCCUUUUUUUGUUUGCUCAGAUACUGGCUAAAGGCAGAAUUUAUUAUCAAGAAGAAUACAAAUUAAAUGUUUUAGAACAGAAAAAUGAACCAAGUAAGUUCAUCAAGGAGAAUACAAAUUAAAUGUUUGGACAAGCUGUUAGAUAGCUAUGUGAUCUGCUUCUUUUCUUAGUGGUUUUACAUCCACAGAAAUUCCAUUUCCAUAAAUUAAUUUUCUGUCAGAGAAAAGCAUUUUUCUUUUGAGGAAAUUGGAUGGAUAUCACUCAUUAACACCUUGUCUCCAAACAAUGAGUGUCCUUAUAUGUUUUUUUUAAUUCAAUUUAACCCUCAAGUCACACUUACCUUCCUUUCUGUUCCAGAUCUGGUUUCACACUGCAGAAUAAUUGCUAUUUCUAUCAAAGCUAGAACAAGCUAAUAAAGGAAAAGGUGGGCAGUUUUUCAAUAACUCUGCUUCUAUGCAGAGUGAUUGAAAAACUGCCGACCUUUUCAUAUAUUAUGGAGCAUUCUUUAUAAAACAGACUACAUUCUAGAAACCAGAGAAGGGAGGAGUGGACCCAGACCAUACUGAGUACACUACAGGCAUUCUUUCUAGGAUGCAAUAGCUGAUUUGCUUGGUGUAACUAUACUUGUAUGCUAUAUUUGCACUAUACAUCAAACUGUUUAUAUUUAUAUACCUGAAUCAAUGGUUGGCUUUGCAGGGAACCACAUCUUUGUAUGACUGACUUUACAGGGAUUUACCUUUCUGCAAAACUGGAUCUAUGGCUGGCUUUCGAAGAAAUCACCAACCAAUGGCUUGAUAACUAUUACUCUGUAGGGUGCAUAAUUUGUUACAUGCAUAGCUUCUUGUGAUGAAUACUUGAUAUGACCCUUAUAUUUCCAGUACUGCAGGGCUCGUUCUACCUUGAGAUCCCAGUGUCAGAUGAUAUGAUUCCUGAAAUUUCCCUCUUGGUUUUCACUGUAUUCAUGGAUGGGGAGGUGGCGGCAGAUUGGGCAACAUAUACAAUCUCAACAUGCUUCAAAAACAAGGUAAAAGGACAGAAGAAGAUGAAAAUGGCAUUGAAAAUACAGGAGAGAAAGAGGAAUGGACAGAGUGAAGGAAUGUGAAUCAUCAUCUGACCGCUUGACCCAAUUUAUGUUAGAAGACAUUAGAAUGUGUAUACGAAUAUAUUACUGUAUCUUUAAAGAGGGUUGGUGAAAUGCUACCUUCAAUAUAUUGGUAUAAAUGAAGCAGGGGGAUGUUAUAAAAACUAAAGAAUAUUAGGAAUUAGUGAUUUAUUUGAAAACAAUCAGCCAGCUUCUUGGAACACAUUUUAGUUGACUUGUAUUUCCUCUUUUCUUGAUACAAUACCAUUGUGAACAGGUGGAACUUAAAUUCUCAGAAAAGAAAAUUCGACCUGGGCGAAAGGUGAACUUGGAGGUAAAAGCGGAAUCAGGGUCGAUGUGUUCCAUCCGGUCAGUUGAUAAAGGACUUUUGCUUCACCAGCCUCAUGAGAGAACGCUAUCAUCCACCUUGGUGAGAUAAAGAUCCACCUCACAAUGUCUACACUAAUGGUGAGAUAUGUAAACAUAAUGCAUGUUAAUCAUCAAUUGAAACAUAAAGACACAUUUCAUACCAAAUAUAAGAAACCCUGUCCAUGGUACUGAUACAGAACGUAGCAAUGGGAGCCACUGGGCAAUUAAAUUUGAAAAACCCUUUGUAACACCCAUUGCCAAAUCACAGACUUCCUUCAGUCUGCCUGAUUUUCUCCUGUAAAGAAAGCAUAGAAACACAGAAUGCGACGGCAGAUAAGAACCAUUCGGCCCAUCUAGUUUGCCCAAUUUUCUAAAUACUCUCAUUAGGUCCCUGGCCUUAUCUUAUAGUACUCUUUUACUGUGUUAACCUCUACCACUUCAGCUGGAAGCCUAUUCCAUGCAUCCACUACCCUCUCAGUAAAGUAAUACUUCCUGAUGUUAUUUUUAAACCUUUGCCCCUCUAAUUCAAGACUAUUUCCUCUUGUUGUGGUAGUUUUUCUUCUUUUAAAUAUAGUCUCCUCCUUUACUGUGUUGAUGUUUCUAUCAUAUCCCUCCUGUCUCAUCUUUCCUCCAAGCUAUACAUGAUAGGAUCCUUUUACCUUGGUUGGUGAUGAUCCACUAGCAGAUGUCGGAGGUCUGCAAAUUUCUCUGUAUACAUACCUCUGCAUUCAGUUCUUUCUAGAUUUCUAAAACUUGCAAUUACUUCCAAUUUACAAUGAGAAAAAAUUACUUCUUUAUAACCCACUGACACCUCUCCAGCCAACCUUAAAAUUAUAAUUAGUCAGAAUCCAAAUAAAUAGUGUGUGUGUGUGUGCAGAGAUUGCAAAAUAAUAAAUAGAAUUUUCAAACACUUGCACUACAUAGAUAUAUACAAUUUUAUAAGUAUACAUUUUCACUACAUACUAACAUGUUUUCCAUUUAUUUUUAUGUUCUAUUUUUUCUUUCAUCAACUGUGUCAGACAUAAAUGCUAUUUCUGCUUCUAUGCUAUUUGUGGAAAUAUUAAAAUAUAUAUAUAUAACAUCCAGACACACACGUUUUAAUAUGUUUCAAUAAAGAAUAGAACUUUUACCUUUGAAAGACACUGAGUGCAAGCAAAUCUAUUUAUAAAUGAUAUAUAUAUAAUUAUUAUUAAUAUUAUUACAUAAUAUAUUCUCUUUGACUUUUAAAACUUUGACAAUACCAUCAUUAUUUCAGUAAAUGGUAAAAAAGUAAAAAUAGGAAAAAAAAUCUUUACAAAAUGACUUGUUUUUAGAUUUUUUUUCUGAAUGGCGGUCUAUGCAUGAAAUAGCUGUUUUGUGUUGCAUGCUUCUUGAAUGUUAAUAUUUAUUUUUUAAUUAAAAUAUCUUGGUGGUGAAGAGCUGAUUAAAUCAAAUAAUAGAGUCCUAACUUCUAAAAUAAGGCAUGUUACCCAAGCAUUUAAACAGUUUCAUAAGUUCUUGUUAAAAACAACUUAAUAACGAAAAUGGCAAAAUAUUUUAAUUAAAAAACUUAACUAGUUUAAACUAGUAUUUAGAUAAAUGUUAAUGUUACAGUUAAUUAUUUUUGUAAACUCCUCCAGUAACAUUAACAUUUAUCUGUAUACUAGUUUAUACUAGUUUAGUUUUUUUUUAUAAAUAUAUCUUACUAUUUUCAUAAAGCAUUACCCGUACUACUUACAUAGGUGCAUGAUCUAAUCCCAGCAGUGAUAAGCUUAGCUUUUCACCUUAUGAGUUCAAUAAAGAAAGAUUAAUUGAUUUGAAAUUUGCUACUCUAUCUUCUGCAGAUCCAGUUUAGUCUGAUGGAGAGUCAUUUAAUGCUAAUCACCUCCUAAAAGUAAAUUGGUUAUCUUUAAUAGACUAAAAUAAUUAUUUUAGAGGUACUUUGUUUUUCAUUAUAAAAGACAUGCUUCACUAUGAAAAAUCGUAUAAAUAAAUAUAUCUGUCUUUAAUAUCCAAAGAAUGAAAUAACAUCAUGGAUAGCUAAGGUAACAAAUCACGGCGUCCCGAACAUAAUUGAAGAUAUUGAAGAAUAUUAUUGCAUUGAGUCGGAAGACCAAUCAAUAUUGGACAAGACCCAGAAGAAAAGUGUAUGGUACCCAAGUGAUCCAGAUGUGUACAGCUUAUUUAAGGUGUGUUUAUGAAGAAAGAAUAUUAUGUAACACAAUUACAUUCUAAUACAUUCUAUGCCUAAAAUAUGGUCCAUAUGUCUCCGCCGUGAGUAUUUUGACUUCGACAAACAUAGCUCUACCAGGUUUUCAGAUUAAACACUGAUAUUGUAACAAUACAAGUUUUGUGGACCCAGGACAUAAUUGAAAAUGAGAGAAAUAUCAAUGUAUAUUUCCUGGUAAAUUAUUUUGUAAAUAAAUAAUAUUGGUUGAUAAUAUAAAAGAUAAACACACAGGUAAUUCCCAACUAAUUAAUUAGGUAUUUGGUUUAUUAUCAUAACAUCCCCUCUAGAUGAUGAUUCUUAAUUUGUUCCCAAUUUGUUCCUCAAUUUUUCUGAGAUUUAUAUUUAUAAUUUUCCAAUACAAUGGACUUCUAGUCGGAUACAUUCCUUUUUAUGUUAAAUUCCUUCAAACACAAAUCAUUCUUGUAUCAUCACUGGAAUAGUACAAACAAAAUGGAUCCUGAACAAGUUUAAUUUUGUUUCUUCCAGAGAAUCCUCCCCAUGGGUACAAAUGAGAUAUUCUGUAAUCUGGGAGAAUAAUUGUUCUAAUAAUGUAACUAUAUACAUAUUCAUAUAUAUAUAUAUAUAUAUAUAUAUAUAUAUAUAUAUAUAUAUAAGCAUGCUAUACAGCCUCAACAUUUCAAAAGAAGAACAACCACUGUUUAAUAUAAUAAUAAGGAAUAAUGUUCCUGAUGAGAAAUUUUGCUUUCAUUGUCAAUUUUGUUUAUUAAUUUAUUAUUUUUAUAUUUGAACCCAAAAGAUAAGUGCUCUCAAGGUUUUCACCAACACUAAGAUCAGGAAGCCGGUGUCAUGUGUGGUUCCAAUGUUCAACCCACGCAGUUCCUUUCGUACAAUCGCGAAAUCGGAAGUUACAGAUCUCUCUGAUCGUGAGUAGUUAGCUCUGACCUAUGUAUUGCAUCCAGUACAUAUUAUAAUCUACAAUAUAAAUAUGUAAUUUGUAAGUAAACUGUUAAAAUUAGGUGAUAACAGAACCAGAUUCAUAAAGGUUAGCAUAAUAUCAUUCAACGUAAUGGCUAUCUGUGUUAGAAAUCUAUAACCUUGCAAAAUCUUUACUCACCCUAAUUCUAUAGUCCUGGGGUCCCCUGUCUGAAUUUAUGUAGCAGUGGAGAUAAAGGACACCCCUGCCUACAAUAUAAAAAUAUUUGUCAAUUAAGGGGGAUACAAUGUCAUAACGGCAAUGAUUCUUCAUUUCACACAUUUCUACAAACUUCCUUUUGUAUCCCCAGUGAUCAAAUACUUUCUCUGCAUCAAAUCACAGGGAAAGGCAUCCAACAGCUUUAGAUUAUCAAAAAUGCAAUAAAUUAAGAAAUUGCCUUAUACCAUUAAAUGUUAUUUUAAUCAUCCUUUUCCACAAACUUAAAAGGACACUUCCUUAUCCAAACACAAAAACAGAAAAAACACUAUUCUACUAUAUAGAAUUAUUAAAUAUCCCAAUGAAAACAUGCAUACAUUUAAUUAUACGUUUUUUUCAUUGGGGAUAUACAUAAAAAAAGAUUGCAAAAGCUUCAGUUCUCUAGUCUGCAGUCUUUAAAAGCCCUCCCCUUCUAACAAUGCCUGACUUUCUGUGGCUGUCCAAUCAUAGACUUCCCUACGCAGUUCAAUGAGUAGUCUUUGCAAGUCAUGGGCACAAGGCAUGGGCUCUAGGUAAUUGCUGUCUCUUGGUUUAGCUCCACUGAGCUAACCAAACCAGGAAGUAACAGGACCAGUUAUCUGAUUGACAGCCAGGGGGGUGUAUCAAGGUUCAUUCAUAAAAUUGCCAAUUUCUAUUGAAAUUAUAGCCUAACAUUUUUAAACGUAGCCCAAAUUUAGUUAGUCACUAAAGUGAGAUUUCAAGGUGAAUUCUCAGUAAAUUUCAAAUUCAAGGUAAAAAUAGCCAAUCUAGAAACAUCAUCUAUGCAUCAGCUAUGCUUCAAUUUUGGCUACUUUGGCCUCAAAUAAAAAAUAUACUUUGGGUUCACACUUUAGUUAAUAACAGUAUGGCACUGUGUGUCUGUGUGGUUUUUUCUCUCUCAGUUUUUACUGACCCUAUUUUUGUCUCUUUAAUCUCUUAAUCACAAUGGGUUAAAUGAAGCUCGCUAUAUUACGAAUGCCGUGUUAAAUUAUCAAACAUGAAGGUGAUAAAGCAUGAUGUUUGUUUUCUUUUCUUUUUUUCUACGUUGUAAUUAUCUCUAUUUAUAUUUUUUUCUAUUCUUCUAUCAUGUAGUUCAUUCUCUACAUCUAUUUUCUAUCUUCAGGUUAUUGAUUUCUGCUUUCUUUCCAGCUUCCUUAAGUGAGGAAGAUUCAGAGAGGCAGCGAAUACAUUUCCCAGACACCUGGCUGUAUGAAUUGGUGUCAAUAGGGUAAGAUUAAUUAGAGCUAUCACAGGGCGAUGUAUAUGCUUCACUUGCUUAAAAAUCCUCGGUGAAAUUAAGAGUUUGUAAAAGAAAUGGGGUUUACAUUUAUACAGAAUGUUAUUUUUUUCCAUAGUAACAAGAAUGUACCAAUUCUGUCUCUUUUCUAAGUUGUUUUCUAAAUCAAAAUAUUCCCUAAGAUAAUAUUUGAGAUGAUCUAUCCAUUAAUCAGCCCUGAGGGGCAGUGUGGUAUUGACUAGGAUGAAAAUCAGUCAGUUCAUAUUAGUUUCAAUUAAUAUGACUUGGACAUAACCACUAUUCUUAAGCGUGGCUUUAAGACUUCUGGCUUAGUUCUUUGAUUCAGUCUUUUCAGGCUGAGAACUACUGAUAUCCAGAUGUCUAGAACAUUAAAACACUGCUCCUGGCAGAUAAAAAUAAGCAGAGGUUCCAUGGACCGGGAACAUGUUGUGAUGGUGUGGAACAUGAUAUUGUGACCUGGAACAUAUUACCUUGGAUAUUGUCAUAUCCCUAGUACUAUGAGGUAUGAAAUAAUAGAAUUACAUAAUGCCAUGUAAACACUCCCACUCUCUUCACAGGAGCAGCAUUUCCAAAAUCUUUUCCAGAACUUCUCUACAAUCCUUGUAGAGGGUGUAGAAAUCUGGUUAAACCCAGUGCUUUCAUGUCAUGGUGUAAUACCCCAACACACAGAGUUUAGCAUAGCAAGGGACAAGACAAGGAUAUAAUCUUUUACUGGCCUUAGAAUGGCCGGACUAAAUGUCAGACUGAGAUAAAGCAUAAUCAGAGAUGAGCCAAGGUCAGGGUAAUGGAGAGACAGCGAAAACAAGAACUAACCAGAGUCAGGUACACAGUAAUCAGUCAGAUGGGCAAAAAAGACAGGAAAGGGUAAAAGAUAAACUCAGAGUCAGGAACAAUGCCAAGGUCAAUAUCAGAAUAAACACAAUAGAUCAAGGAACACACUAAAAGGUACUGAAACAGAAACCACGAUAGGACAAAGUGGAUAGGGCUAGAGAAUUUUAAUAGCCUUUAAUUAACAUUUGAUUGGCCCACAUCAUGCCUACACCCCAAAGCAUGUGUGGGGGUGCCGGAAUGACGUAGGCCACUGGGAGUCUGAACCCACUUGUGGCUCCCACUGCCCCUUUAAGGGUGCAGUCGUGACGUGUGACCAAUCAUUGUGGUCAGUGCACGCUCAGAAGAGGAGAUCGAGUCGCCGCAGCUCAUGUGGAGGCAGGAGUAAUGAGGACCACGGCCGGGAGCUGAGGAUCUCGGCUACCCCCAGAUAAGUAAAAUACCUCCACAUUUCAACAUGCAAGGGUUUAUUUGUUUCCUUUAAUUUACCCUUUAUACAUUUAGCUAGAACUCUUCAGUAAAUUAACUUUGUCACCUACGGAGAUAUAUUUGAUAACUUUCAAUAUGAUUAGUGCCACAAUCAGAAACUUCUGUAAUGUUAAAGGGACAUUGACAAGCCUUAGCUGGUAAACCCAGUCUUAGAACAUCCACCAGGGAUUCACAUGUCACCUACAUUGCAUAUAUAGAAAGAAAGAGUCACCUUAUUAUCUCCAUGGUACCUGCUUCCCACAUUACCAAUCUCUGUGAUACUUGCAUCCCACAUUACCAAUUUGGUGGUACCAGUAUCCCACAUUACCAAUCUCCAUGGUAUCUGCAUCUCACAUUACCAAUCUCCAUGGUACCUGCAUCCCACAUUACCAAUCUCUUUGAUAUCUGGAUUACACAUUACCAAUUAUGUGAUACCUGUAUCCCACAUUACCAAUCUCCAUGGUACCUGCAUCCCACAUAACCAAUCUCUGUGGUACCUGCAUCCCACGUUAGCAAUCUCUGUGAUACCUACAUCCCACAUUACCAAUCUCUGCGGUACUUGCAUUCCACAUUGCCAAUCUCUGUGGUACCUGCAUCCCACGUUAGCAAUCUCUGUGAUACCUACAUCCCACAUUACCAAUCUCUGCGGUACCUGCAUUCCACAUUGCCAAUCUCUGUGGUACCUGCAUCCCACAUGACCAAUCUCUGUGGUACCUGCAUCCCACAUUAGCAAUCUCUGUGAUACCUACAUCCCACAUUACCAAUCUCUGUGGUACCUGCAUCUCACAUUGCCAAUCUCUGUGGUAACUGCAUCCCACAUUACCAAUCACCAUGGUCCCUCAAUUCCAGACUAGCCAUCCCUAUGGCACCUAUAUCCCACAUCCUCAUGGCAUAACAUGUAAGUGCAAUUGAGAUCAAGAUGAGGAUAUGAACUGUUGUCUUCUGAUAUACUGUUGUUCUCUUGCAGACCAAAAGGACAUGCCCUAUUAAAUUUAACAACUCCUGAUAGCAUCACCAGUUGGGUAACGGAUGCAUUUUGCCUGGGAAAAUCAGGUUUUGGAGAGACACAUGAUGUUGAGCUCACAACAUUCAAACCUUACUUCAUUGAUUUGAAACUGCCCUAUUCAGUGAUUCAGGGGGAGGAAUUUACACUUAGUGCCCAUGUCUUCAGCUACCUAAAGUAUUGCUCAAUGGUAUGUAUGAUCAGGACAAUGCCAAGUUGUGUGCACCAUGAAGCGACAAAUGUCAGAUUACAUAACAGCAAAAUGUGUAUACAGAACAUGCUUCAUUGUACCUUACUGGUCAUUAAAAGUUAAAUUUUAUAUUAGCAAAGGGUUACUAGGUUAUUCAAACUUAUGUAUUUUCUUAAUACUGACCAUAACACCAUGUGUAGUCCUGGGAGAAUGUUUCCAAUUGGCCAUUUUGGCCUUACGUUUGAAAUUCUCUCUGAAUUAACUGUGAAUGUCUGAUAAUUCUCACUUUUAUUAGCAAAUCAUUUACUUGAACCAUGUACUACAUAGCUAGCACAAGAAGAAAACAGAAUGGUUGUAUAGAUUGAAGUUCAGAUGAAUAUAUAAAUAGAAUGUAUAUGUAUACGUGUAUAUUAUUUAUAUGUGAAUUAAGUGUUUACAGAAAUAUUGAAUAACUAUUUUUUAGAAAUGAUGUGGUAUUAUCUCUUUCGCAAUAUAGCAAAUAGUCUGAAAUAUUAGCAGACAUGCAGCAAUACUUAUUGUCACAUACAGUGGGCAUGGCAAAAUAGAUACAAAUCUAUCUAUCUAUCUGUCUGUCUGUCUGUGUCUGACUGUCUGUCUGUCCAUCCAUCUGCCUUCUCUCUUGCUGAAAACUGUAUGCUAUCAGUCAUUUAAAGUUGCUGAAACAGACUGAGAACCCAGCCGCGCUUUCUAUAUCAGAUGAAUAAUUGUAAGUGUGAUUUAUUCCCUAAACUGGAAAUUGUCAGUGAAUGUCAGCUGUAUUGGCUUAAAAUCUGACAAUUCCUGAUUUAGUGAAUGACCCUGAGUAAUGAACAGAUCCUAAUAAAAUCUUCUCUUCCUCUCUCUUGGUGGCAGGUUGUAGUAUCUCUAUUGGAUUCCCCAGACUUUACCUCUACCCAGAGCAUGAAGAAGCAGUUCAGCUGUAUCUGUGCAGAUCAGACUGCAAGCUUUACCUGGAAUAUCACUGCUACAAAAAUAGGUAAUCAUGUUUUACAAUUUGUUACCCCGAGCUGCAAUAUGCAGCAUUUGCUAAAUGGAGGUGAAUUAUGGGGCAAUUCAUUUGAUGUGACUAAAUAAAGGGAAACAUUCAAUAGUUUCCAUGACAACUGCUCAAUUUUUUAAAUCAGUUUUUACAUCUCUUGAGUAAUGAGGCUUUUACAUUCCAGUUUCAAAGGCUGAGAUGCAGGCCAGCAUUAUGUAGUGGUUAUGGUGCGUGGGGUGCUUCUUGAAAAAACAACAAACAGUUGUGUGUCGUGCACCAAUAUAACAAAUAUGUCAGGCUACUCACAUGUUAUAUUUUUGCACCUGUCCGUGUGUGGUGCUUGCAAGUUGUAAAUUGCUUUUCACAAAUAAAAUUUCUAGGGUGUAAUCACUGAAAAAUAUUCUAGUGGUUUCAAUGGAGCAUUAUUGCUCUAAGAUUUGUAUUCUUCAAAAGCUGGAGUGCUGACGGUUGCUUACCCCCACUCUAUAGAAUGUAGAAUACAGAAUGUAGAAUAUAGAUAUCUUAUUAAUCCAGUUCAUACCACAGACAAUUAGAGAUUCAGAGGCUCAGAGACAGAACUUGUCAAUACUCUUGUAACAUCCUUAAUACAUUGCAUAUAUAACUAAUGUUUAAUAAAUAAAUUAUUACUAUCUAUUGACUUGUCUACCUUUAAAAUAAUAAAAUAAUAACAAACAUAUCCAACAUCAAAGCAUAGAUACGGCCAGUUUUACUAUGAUCGCUUUUCUUGUUUAAGGCACCACUAAAAUCCAAGUGAGAAGCUAUGCCACGAAGCAGGAUGGAGAAUGUACCCAAAAUGAUCUUGACCAAAAAAAGAGACCAAGGUCAGAUUCAUUGGCAAAAUCUAUAAUAGUAAAGGUGAGAAGUGAAAUUUCAUAUGGAUGUUAAUAAAGACAUAACUAGUCGUAAUUAGAUUAAUGAAAGUAACUUUAUUGUUUACUCAAAAUAUAUAUUUUCUAAACAUUAUCACACUAAAAAAACUUAUACCGUAUUGAAAUGAAAAUAUUGUACAAAAAUUCAACAAAUUAAAGUAGGUACAAACACAUACAGGGAAAAGAAAACAAAACAAAGCCAUGAUUAUUGCCGGUGAGAUAGCUCAGUGGGCUAAUGCAUCAUCAGUAGAAUCUGUUCAACCCUUGGGUCACAGGGUUGACUCAGCCCUUCAUCCUUCCGAGGUAGAUAAAAUGUGUACCAUUAAAUUGGAUAAUAGUAGCAACCCCAGGAUGUACUUAAAAACCAGACUAAUCUGAAAGUACCUUUCUUUUAAUAAAAAAAAUAAUAAUAAUUUAUUAAUUAAAUGAACAUAAACAGUUUAAAAAACAGGUAGAAAAAAAGCUGAAUUGGAAACAUUCUCUAAGAUAGCUAUGCUUCCAGAUUGGCUUCCUUUGCCUUAAAUUGGAAAUUCACUUUGAAUUCCCAUUUUAAACCCUGAUAGUGUGGCAUCAUCUCAUUCAGCAAAGGAUGUCAAUGCUAGCUGAGGUCACAGCAAGUGUCUAACACUUGGUAGAAUUUCUAAUGCCUUGAGGUAGGUCUUGCUCCCCACAGUGUUUGUUUCAAUACUAGUCUUAAUCUAAGUCUUUUAUCACAUCCCAAUGCUUCGAUCCAUGUACCAGGACAUAUUCCGAAAUGAAAUGUGUUUAUGAAGACAACUGAGUUUAAGAGAUCUUACACUGAGGGACAAUGUUUUCACCACUAUUGUAAUAACUAGAUCCUAUAUGUCUAUAAGCAGAAGUUCAUUAGAUCGUGUCCUUUGUAGACAGGAAUUAAAUAAUAAAAAAUACUUCAACAGAGGAGAAAGUGCAAAUGUUCCUGCGAUGAAUAUAUAAGGCUAGAGGUAGUAUGGAUUCUGAAAAUGAAUUGUCUUUAGAAACUAAGUAUUUUUAAGAGAGUGGAAAAUGUAAGUCAUGCUAGUUUGAAACUUAACAUUUAAUAUAUAUGAUUAAAGUCGUCAAACUGCCAAAUAAAAUCACAAUCUAAUAAAAAUCAAGAUAUAGAAAAAAAAUAUAGUAAAGACGGGAUUGUGUAUUUCUAAUUCCUUGCUGGAUGCUUAGGUAUAUAAAGUACAAACUGAAUGUGUUAUAUAAAUCAGCAGGUAGAGAUAAUCAUGUAGUAGCAGAGGGAGAUAGUAAAAUUACAUUAUUAUUAUUAUUAUUAUUAUUAUUAUUAUUAUUGCCAUUUAUAUAGCACCAACAGAUUCCAUAGCACUUUACAAUAUUUUGAGAGGGGGGGAUGUAACAAUAAAUAGGACUAUUACAAGAAAACUUACAGGAACAAUAGGUUGAAGAGGACCCUGCUCAAAUGAGCUUCCAGACUAUAGGAGGUGGGGUAUUAGAAACAUAAGAACAGGAAAUAUCAAGUAGGAGUGAAGCAGAGCUGGAGGAGAGAGCAAAGCACUGUCCCAUAGGAGAGAGUGAAUUGACUCCUAUAGCAUACAGGGAGCCAAUGUAAGGACUGGCAGAGGGGUGAGGUGUGAGAGGACCGACUAGAGAGGAAAAUCAGCCUAGCUGCAGCAUUCAUUACAGACUGUAGCGGGGCAAUAUGGCUUUUGGGGAGACCAAUCAGGAGAGGGUUACAGUAAUCCAUGCGGGAAAUUACUAGAGCAUGGACAAGCUCCUUGGUAGCAUCUUGCGUAAGAAAGGGGCGAAUGCGGGCUAUGUUUUUGAGUUGGAACCUACAGGACUUGGCAACAAACUGGAUGUGAGACUCAAAGGUGAGACCAGAGUCAAGUAUGACGCCAAGACAGCGUGCUUGCAGGGAUGGACUUAUGUGGAUAUCACUGACUUGAAGGGAGAGCGAGAGAGGAGGAUCAGUAUUAGGAGGAGGAAAAACAAGGAGUUCAGUUUUAGAGAGGUUAAGUUUCAGAAAGCGUGAGGACAUCCAGUCAGAGAUGGAAGAAAGGCAAGCAGUGACACGUUGCAGGACAGCAGAGGAGAGGUCUGGGGAUAUCUGAGUGUCAUCAGCGUACAGGUGGUAGUGGAAUCCAAAAGAGGCAAUAAGUUUACCAAGAGAGGCAGUAUAAAGAGAAAAUAGAAGGGGACCAAGGACAGACCCUUGGGGAACUCCAACCGAGACAGGACAAGGGGAGGAGGUAUCCUUGGGAAAGGAGACACUGAAUGAGCGUUGGGAGAGAUAGAAGGAAAAUCAAGAGAGGACAGAGUCACAGAGACCGAGCGAUUGAAGAGUUUGAAGGAGGAGAGCAUGAUCAACGGUGUCAAAGGCAGCAGAGAGGUCAAGAAGAAUUAAUAUGGAGUAGUGACCUUUGGAUUUAGCGGAGAUUAGGUCAUUAGUCACUUUGAUAAGAGCAGUCUCAGUAGAGUGGAGAGGGCAGAAGCCAGACUGAAGAGGGUCAAGGAGAGAGUUGGAAUUAAGGAAGCGGGACACACGGGUAAAGACAAGUCUUUCCAAAAGCUUUGAUGAUAAAGGGAGCAGGGAUAUGGGACGGUAGUUAGAAGGGGAGGAUGGGUCAAGAGAUGUUUUUUACAGGAUAUGUAUUACAGUGGCAUGUUUAAGGUCAGCAGGAACAGUGCGAGAAGAGAGAGAGCAAUUAAAGAUGUGUGUUAGGGUAGGCACAAGACAAGUGGAGAGAGAUCUGAUGAGGUGAGAUGGGACAGGAUCGAGCGGGCAAGUGGUGGGGCGAGAGGAAUGGAGAAGCGCAGCCACCUCUUGUUCAGUAGCCAGGUAGAAAGUCUGGAGGGUAGGGAAAGCAUGAUUUACAUGUGGUUGAGAAAGAGAAUGGCAAGGAGGGGAGAAUUGUUUCCUUAGCUGUUCAAUCUUGUCGGUAAAGUAGCAUGCAAAGCUGUCAGCUGCACUGAGGCUAGUGGUGUUGUGGAGAGAGGCACUGAGACUAGUGGUGUUGUGGAGACCGGCUUGGAGAGUAUGGUGAAGCCUAAUAGAAAGCAGUUGUUGUUGGGUGAUUCCAUUAUAAGAGGUGUGGAGAUGGACAAUGGUGGUCUUGUGAGGUGUCUUCCCGGAGCUACUGCUCACAGAGACAGGAGACGUAUCUGUAAUAUUGUUAAGCAAGCAAAGCAGGAAGGGGAAUUGGAUGUACUUGUCCAUCUAGGGACAAAUGACUUGGCUUGCAAUGAGGUUUCAGAGGUUAAGGAAGUUUUUAGUGUUUUUGCCAAUGAUAUACGGCAGGUUGCUUCCACACUGUCAUUCUCUGAAGUUCUGCCUGUGCAUAACACUCAGAACGACAGGCGGAUGCGUAUUAGGGACUUUAAUUUGUGGCUUGGUGAAUGGUGUCGGGAGCAAGGAUUUGGCUUUAUUUCUCAUGGUAGCUCUGUUUGGAAUGGAGAUAAGCUGUACAAAAAAGAUGGUUUGCAUCUUUCUCAAAAGGGAACAAAUGUUCUCAGUGAGCAGUUCAGAGGUUUUGCUAGGAUGUAUUUAAACUAGGAGGGGGGGGGCAAAAGGGUGAUAAAACAUCAAUCCAAUUGUCCCCCAAAACAAGGACAGAAGGUGCCUGUAGCAAGUGUGUUAAAAAAUGAUAAGCUUAGAGUCAUGUCUACAAAUGCUCGCAGUUUAGGGAAUAAGAUCCAUGAACUUGUGGCAAUAAUGGCAACUGAUAGUGUAGAUUUAGUCGCUGUUACUGAGACAUGGUACAAUGAGAAAAAUGACUGGGACAUAGCAAUACCAGGGUACUCUUUAUAUAGGAAAGAUAGGGAAGGCAAGAAAGGGGAGGGGUGGCCUUGUAUGUGAAGGAUAGCAUAAAAUCUAGCCUAAUAAAAGUUAGUGAGGCAAACAUAGAGUCCGUUUGGGCUACGUUAGAAUUUGGUAAUCACACAGUAACUCGUGUAGGUGUGAUUUAUAGGCCCCCUGGACAAAUUGAAGAGUUAGAUAAUCUACUAGUUGAGGAAAUAGCUAAAAUGACAAUGAAGGGGGAAGUUAUCAUCAUGGGUGACUUUAAUCUUCCUGAUGUAAAUUGGAAAACAAAAUUAGCUACUUGUGCCAGGAGCACACAUAUUCUAAACUCCCUACUGGAGUUGUCUCUAAAGCAAGUUGUUGAGGAGCCAACUCGUAAAGAGGCCAUACUAGAUUUAGUGUUAACAAAUGGAGAUUUGGUAUCAGAUGUUACUGUAGGUGAAAGUUUAGGAUCCAGUGAUCAUCAGUCAGUGUGGUUUAAUAUAAGAACAGUGACUGAGUCACACCACACAAAAACAAAAGUUUUAGACUUUAGAAAAACAGACUUUUCUAAAAUUAGAAUAUGGGUAGAGGAGUCAUUAUCAGACUGGAGCAAUUUAAAUGGAGUCCAAGAAAAAUGGGAUUAUUUAAAAGUUGCACUAUUGAAGGCAACAGAAAAUUGCAUUAGGCUUGUCAGUAAAAGCAAAAAAUUCAAGAAACCACUGUGGUACUCCGCAGAUGUGGCCAAAAUAGUUAAAAACAAAAAGUUAGCAUUUAGGAAUUAUAAAAAAACCCAGAGUGAGGGAGACAAAAUGAUCUAUAAGAUUAGGCAGAAAGAGGCUAAGCAAGUUAUAAGAGCUUCCAAAUCACACACAGAAGAGAAAAUAGCACAGUCAGUAAAAAAGGGGGAUAAAACAUUUUUUAGAUACAUAAAUGAGAAAAGAAAAGUAAAACAAGGAUUAGUUAGAUUAAAAACAAAAGAAGGAAGGUAUGUAGAAGAGGAUAAAGGUCAGGCUGACUGCCUCAAUGAAUAUUUUUGUUCUGUAUUUACAGUAGAAAAUGAAGGAAAGGGACCUCAGUUGAGAAAAAGGAUAAAUGAGUCAUUUAUUACACGUGAGUUUACAGAGGAAGAGGUUCUAUUUCAACUGUCAAAAGUAAAGACAAAUAAGUCAAUGGGACCUGAUGGAAUACACCCAAAGCUAUUAAAAGAGCUUAGUGGUGUACUAGCAAAACCAUUAACAGAUUUAUUUAACCAAUCAUUGUUAACAGGAGUAGUCCCAGAAGAUUGGAAGUUAGCGAAUGUUGUGCCCAUUUACAAGAAAGGUAAUAGGGAGGAGUCGGGCAACUAUAGGCCAGUAAGCCUUACUUCAGUAGUGGGGAAAGUGAUGGAAACCAUGUUAAAGGAUAGGAUUGAUGAACAUCUAAAAACACAUGGAUUUCAAGAUCAGAGACAACAUGGGUUUACUUCAGGGAGAUCAUGCCAAACAAAUCUUAUUGAUUUUUUUGAUUGGGUAACUAAAAUUAUAGAUCAGGGUGGUGCAGUAGACAUUGCUUACCUAGAUUUCAGUAAGGCUUUUGACACUGUUGCACAUAGAAGGCUUAUCAAUAAACUGCAAUCUUUAAGUUUGGAUUCAAAUAUUGUUGAAUGGGUAAGGCAGUGGCUGAGUGACAGGCAACAGAGGGUUGUAGUUAAUGGAAUAUAUUCGAAGCUUGGACUUGUCACCAGUGGGGUACCUCAGGGAUCUGUACUUGGACCCAUUCUCUUUAAUAUUUUUAUUAGUGAUAUUGCAGAAGGUCUUGAUGGUAAGGUAUGUCUUUUUGCUGAUGAUACUAAGAUAUGUAACAGGGUUGAUGUUCCAGGAGGGAUAAGCCAAAUGACAAAUGAUUUAGGUAAACUAGAAAAAUGGUCAGAAUUGUGGCAACUGACAUUUAAUGUGGAUAAGUGCAAGAUAAUGCAUCUUGGACGUAAAAACCCAAGGGCAGAGUACAGAAUAUUUGAUAGAGUCCUAACCUCAACAUAUGAGGAAAGGGAUUUAGGGGUGAUUAUUUCUGAUGACUUAAAGGUAGGCAGACAAUGUAAUAGAGCAGCAGGAAAUGCUAGCAGAAUGCUUGGUUGUAUAGGGAGAGGUAUUAGCAGUAGAAAGAGGGAAGUGCUCAUGCCAUUGUACAGAACACUGGUGAGACCUCACUUGGAGUAUUGUACACAGUACUGGAGACCGUAUCUUCAGAAGGAUAUUGAUACCUUAGAGAGGGUUCAGAGAAGGGCUACUAAACUGGUUCAUGGAUUGCGGGAUAAAACUUACCAGGAAAGGUUAAAGGAUCUUAACAUGUAUAGCUUGGAGGAAAGACGAGACAGGGGGGAUAUGAUAGAAACAUUUAAAUAUAUAAAGGGAAUCAACACAGUAAAGGAGGAGACUAUAUUUAAAAGAAGAAAAACUACCACAACAAGAGGACAUAGUCUUAAAUUAGAGGGACAAAGGUUUAAAAAUAAUAUCAGGAAGUAUUACUUUACUGAGAGGGUAGUGGAUGCAUUGAAUAGCCUUCCAGCUGAAGUGGUAGAGGUUAACACAGUAAAGGAGUUUAAGCAUGCGUGGGAUAGGCAUAAGGCUAUCCUAACUAUAAGAUAAGACUAGGGACUAAUGAAAGUAUUUAGAAAAUUGGGCAGACUAGAUGGGCCGAAUGGUUCUUAUCUGCCGUCACAUUCUAUGUUUCUAUGUUUCUAUGUUUCUGUAAGGUUAGUUUGGGGGGUAGCCACAGCAGGGCAGAGAAGGGAAUUAAAGGUGUCUAAGAGACGUCUGGGAUUGCGGGAGCAUGAACUAAUGAGAGAGGAAAAGUAUGACUGUUUGGCGAGGGCGAUGGCUGCGCUGUAUGAAAGCAACGUGAAUCUAUAAUGGAGAAAGUCUGCCUGGGUGCGGGACUUCAUCCAGGAGCGUUCUGCAGAUAGCAACUCUGCAGAUAGCGUGUUGAUUUAUUAUGCUAAGGUUGGGGUUGUGUCCUCCUCGAGGUGCAUGUUUGAAGUGGGGCUGCAGCAUUCAAGGUAGAUGUGAGGGUGGUGUUAUAUGUGGAGAUGGCCAGUGAGGGACAGGAGAGGGAAGGGAUGGAUAGCAGUUGUGAAUCAAUGUCAGCUGACAGCUGCUGGAGGUCAAUAGAGUUAAGGUUCCUCCUGAGAUGAGGGGGGUUAGGCUGAGAUUGUUGGGUGAGGGGGUAAUUGAGAGCAAACGAUAAGAGGUGCUGAUCAGAGAGAGGAAAUGGAGUGUUACAGAUAUUAGAUACUGUACAUGAAUAAGAGAAAAUAAGGUCGAGGGUAUUGCCAGCUACAUGAGUGGGAGAAUUAGCCCAUUUCAAAAGUCCAAGGGAGGACGUAAUUGAAAGUAGUUUAGAGGCUGCUGGGGUUAAAGGUGGGUUAAUGGGAAUAUUGAAGUCUCCAAGAAUUAGGGAUGGGAUGUUGGAAGAGAGGAAGUAGGGUAGCCAGGCAGCAAAGUGGUCAAGGAAGAGGACAGGGGAACCCGGGGGACGAUAGAUUACGGCAAUGUUAGCAGAGAAGGGUUUGAAAAGGCAAAUUGAAUGAAUUUCAAAUGAUGGGAAAGAGAGGGAAGGGGGGGUGGACAGGGUUUUAAAGAAGCAGUGAAGUGAGAGAAGAAAACCUACACCGCCACCUUUAAUCUUCGCUUGUCUUGGAUUGUGGGUAAAGUGAAGACCACCAAAGGACAGUGAGGCAGGUGUAGCAGUAUCAGAGGGAGAGAGCCAUAUUUCUGUUAGUGCAAGUGGGUUUAGGGAGUGUGAGAUAAAUAGGUCAUGGAUGGAAGUAGAUUUAAAGGUGCUGCACACAGAGCGUGCAUUCCAGAGGGCAGCUUUAAAAGAGGAAUUAUAGUGAUAAUUACAUGGAAUUGGUAUUAGGUUGUUGUGGUUUCUGGUGUUUGUACCAGGUGGCUGAGUAGUGGAGGGACCACCUGUGCAGUAAUUAUCCGAAAGAGAGCCAGGUCAUCAAAGGAAUUUUGCUCAGAGAUUAUAACAACUGUAAUAGUUGCAGUCAGAAUAUGUUAACUGAAAACAGUAACAGUAUUGAUAAACUUUGCAACUUCUUUAAAACACAGAGAGAUAGUAUUGUAACACAAAAAUCCUGAUGUACCUUUGAGGGCACCGCAUGCCAGUGACAAAACUCAGCACACCUCCUGAAAUGUUUAUGCAAUAACAUUGGAGGUAGUAAGAUCACUUUAAUGCAUGGUAAUAAUCCUGCAAGGGGCCAGAUCAUCAUGGGAAUUUUGCAGAAUGAGCUGACUAAAAGCAAUAGCAGUGUUCCUAAACUUAGAAACUUCAGAAGAACACAGAAAGAUAAUAUUGCGACACAACAAUCCUCAUGUGCCUUCGAGGCCAUCCCUUUUAAUUUUACCUAAACCCCCCUAAUUAAAGUAGAUUGUGUAUAUAUAUAUAUAUAUAUAUAUAUAUAUAUAUAUAUAUAUAUAUGUCACAAGAAAUAUUUUUUUUUUUUAAAUGCGUAAGAUUCUAUGUAAUAAAUAAUAGCAAGGUCCUCCAGACACAGCCUUAAGCCUCAUAAUCCACUGUAUUCAUGUAUCUGCAUAUGACACUGAUUGUAUGUGGAGCACCAAGAGCCCCUGACACACGGGUUUCGCCAGAUUGGCUCAUCAGAGGGGGGUAUAAAAUAAAGACAUGCAGAGAGCCAAUGCACUAUAUAUGAUAAUAUAUGUAUAACAGACACAAAGACAGACAGAUAGAGAGACAGUAGAUAGAAUGCUAUAUGCAGAAAGUUAGAAAUCAAGCUUAAAAAAUUAAUAAUGCUACAUUUACUUGGCCGGGCUACUAUAUAAUUCAUGUAGCCGCAUUUUAGUCAGGUAAAGGGAAUCCAGCAUUAUUUAAAUCCCUCUGGGGGUUGGCUACAAACAAAGUAACAGAUACAAACAUUAAAUAAAAUAUCACAUAGAAACCUGGCAUUUGCAUUAUAAAGAUGGCAAUAGGAAACAGUGUAUAUGAGCUGCCAAACAGCUAUAGCUCAUCGUAUAUUCUAUUUUUAUUUCAGCCAAGAGGAAUUUUACAGGAACAUACAGAAACAACCCUUCUUUGUCCUUCAGGUAACACACAAGAUUAUGUAGAGCCUUAAUAUUAAUAAAGCAUUAUGGGAGGUUUGUUUGUACAUCCGGACCAUAACUGGGUACCAUAAUAAACAAUUCAUGCAUGAAGUGAAUGAGUAAAAUGUUCAUAUGUGUAAUGGGCUUUUACUGUCUCAAACCAUAGUAACAGUUUACAAAAUAACAAAUAAAUUCCCCCCUUCAUUUAUCACUAUAUCUCAAAAAAACUGAAAACCAAAUUUAACGCGUGCUGAGAAUGAUGGGAGUUUCAAUUAACCAAUAUUGCUAACACAGUGAUAAAACAAUCAUGUCCAAAAAACCUAUUAUUUUGCAAGGCAGAGGUGCAAUCAUUGUCUUAUCCUGUUUGGGUUCCAUCAAGCGGAAGGCUAAGGGUAAGAAUCAAAGACAGGGCAGGCACUCGUGCAGGGGUGCUUAGUCUUCAUAUACAGGAAAUGAUUGGAACUGUCAUUAAGGAUGCCAAUGUAGAGUAGGAUUUGUGCUUCAAUUGAGCUGCUAUAUUGGAACUCUCCUGGUUCCUGGUUGUGCUAUAUAUGGGGUUUGUAGAGAAGGAAGAUUCUACUUGCAGUCUGUCAGUGAUCGGCUGAUGGUGUGAUGACAAUACAGGUUGGGGAUAAGUAGACAAUAUUUUGUGGGGACCCCAAGAAAUACUGCUGCAGAUGGUUACUGCCCCCAGUUCUUAAUGUGGGUCUGUGAUUAAACUGGUUUUCCAAGCAUAUUAGACAUUGUAAUAAAUCAGAUCAAACAUCAUGCAAAAAUAUGAAGCAUUUAUUUUUGCAUAUCGUGAAAUGUAUGCAAGGACGUUUGCUUCUCCCUUCCUCUCACAUUUCUCAGAGGAAGUGAUGAGAAUAAGCAACAAGUACAAUUGUAUUCUUACUCCUGAACAUGUACCUUCCAUGAAAUAAUUGCUCAUGUAGAACCCUGAUAGAUCAAGCUUUGCAUAGAACAAGGCAGCCAGGUAGCCUUUAUUUAGUGUCACAAAUAGCUUUAUGGUCCCUCAUGCAGGUCUAUCAAGAGCAGUAAAGUGUUCAAGCUGAGUUUGUUAUCCAAUAAAAACCCCGCUAUACAGCUCUCUCACUGAAAACUAUGGGAUAAUCAGGAUUGGCCAAAGAGUCACUGCUACUUCCUUGUCUAUACAGAUGUCCUUGCAGAAGCAAGCAGAAUGCUAACUAUACAAGGACCUUCAACGUUUACCUUAAACAUUAAGUCUAGAGUGUACAUUAACAUUAAAUCUGAAUGAGUUCACAGAUAUUGGGCUUAUUCGAGUACAAAGAUUUAAACCUGGUUUCUGUUACUUUUGAAUCCCUGACAGAUACAACUGUGCAAGAAGAAUUGUAUGUACAUAUACCAACUGGUUGGGUGCAAGGCUCAGAAUAUGCACACAUCACUGUGCUUGGUAAAGCUGCUACUAUCUAUCUAUCUAUCUAUCUAUCUAUCUCUCUGUGUACCUGUCUGUCUGUCUCUGUAUACCUGUCUGUCUUAAACAAUUUACCCAUAUGUUUUGGCAGGUGAUAUCAUGGGCAAUGCUAUAAGCAAUAUAGGACAUUCCCUUAGGCUGCCCACUGGAUGUGGUGAACAGAAUAUGGCAUUAUUUGCUCCGAAUAUUUACAUUAUGCAGUAUCUACAGAGCACCAAACAACUCACCCCCGAACUCAGCAAGCAAGCACUAGCACAUCUGACCACAGGUGGGCGAGGUUUUGCUUGUGUUUAUGUAUGUGGAAUAUUUGGGUAAAAUAAACAAAAAAGUGAGGAAGUAACUCUAUGGUGGUCCUAGGCCUGUGGAAAGACAAAGUUUUCUAAGUCUAUUUCACAUUUAAAAAAACUCAUCCAUACACAUCCAUAGAUUCAGAAGCUUCUACACCUGUGUAUAAUCUCCAACUAUUACACAUAAAAUGAAAAUAAAAAAAUUAAAAUGGUGGCACGAUAAUGGUGAUCAUUUCAACCAUACCUUAUUCCAAACCAUGAAAUCAACAAUAUACAACUCGGUGGCAGCAAGCAAUGUCAAGACCCGUUUCUUCUUGUUUAAGUUUAGAUUAUGAACAUGUACAACAAUAAGACAAUCAUUCUGAAAGUAGUGUCUUAUUCCUGAAUUACUGCACUCAGUUUAAAGAGAACCCUUAUAUUCUGACCCUGGAUAUGAACUGUUUUGCACUUUGGCACGACUUACAACCCAGCUCUUUCUUCUCUGCAGUUAUGUGUAAAUUAAUUCAAAUUAUUUGAAAUAGUAAUGCUGUCACCUUAAAUAAUAAAUAUAUUUUUCUUCCAAGAGUCCCAAAUAUGUGCCCAUGGAAGAUGAAAUAGAUACGAAUGUCAGUGAUUGGUACCCAGCUCUGGUAUAAAUGAUAGAUAUGGUUAUGCAGGUAAUACUACAAUUCACUCCCAAAUUAAAGCACCAGGCAGCACUAAUCUUACAUUAAACUUACUAAAAAAAGAAAAAGUUGUGUAUAAUUCACCAGUUGGAUCAAAACAUUAUAUUAUUGCUGGCUUUCUCAAUCAAUGACACCCAAUAUCUUGAUUUGUGGCCAAGAGGGAACAUACUUAGCAUAUGGUGGCAAUGUCAAAGACCUAAUUCCUUCUCUCCAGAUGCAUUUACAAUUCUUAUGGUAUGAUAUUCCCACUGAAACAGUUACCCUUAUUGAUAAAAACAGGGCCAUUAAGUCUCUGACCGAUAUAGACUUGGUUUCACAAACUAAUUCAAUAACUAAGAAAUGAAGACAAAAUUCCAAUCACAAAAGAACUGGAUGCAUGUGGAAACACUAGAAGCACAAUAUACAUCUAUUUCUCAUACCGAAUAACUCUUCUUUACCUACUCAAUAUCAUAUAUCAUGUGCAGAACAGACGUAUCUUCAGAAGUCUUUCCUUUAACAAAAAUAAUUACAGAUUUCUGUUUUUAAUGAACUGCAAAACAUCUCAGGAAAACCCCAAAUAAUACACCCUUUAAGUCUUUUCUGAUUGAGUUUUUGUGCAACAUGUUCCUUUCAGCAGUGAGUUUGUCAACAGUAAAGAAGAUUGAACGCUGACACAUUGUCUCACAGAAGCAAUGAACUAUAUUGUUAUUUGUACUGCAGUGUGUUAAUAAUUCUGUGUACAGAUAUAUCUAACAAAACUGUAAUAUUAUCCUAUCCACAGGGUACCAGAGACAACUGAUGUUUAAACAUGAUGAUGGGUCUUACAGUGCAUUUGGAAAUAAAGACAUGGAGGGGAACACAUGGUAGGUGUGAGAUUGCUAUGAGUUAAAUCAGUUAAAGUGCUAAUUAAUGUUUGUUUUUUUCCAACACUCAAACUUUACAUCACAUCAGAGCUGUUGGAUCUAGGAUCAUACAAUAUUUAUCUUUCCAUAUGUCAAUCCUCUACUAUGCUUCUGAUCUCUCUUACUCAAGAUUUAGCCCACUAAAAGUAGUCCACUAAAAUGCCUCUUUUUAUUUAAUUUCUAGUCAUUUUGCCUUUUGGAGUCUGUUUUGCUAAACAGUACAUUGUGUUGAUUUAGCAAUUAACUUAAAAGACUUUGAUUGUAUAGAUUAGACUUCCAGCUAUAUUUACAUAUCCUUCCCAACCUUCCCUUAUGCUUCGGAGCCUAAAAUCCUUACCGACCACUAAAUCACAUGCCAUGGCUCAUUCUAGAUUGUGUCACACAAUAAAAUAAACUUUCACUGGUCUCUACUUCCUUUUCAUCUGAAUGACAGAUUUCCAAAUUCUAUUGUUUAAUUUUUGCUGUGUCAGUAUAAACACAAAACCUACAAUAAAAUCUUUACUUUGUAUUACAGAGUCUUAGGUUGCAAAUGUUAUAUUUAUCAAACUAAACAUGGAAUAGUAAAAAUGCUAAUUUAUUCCAGUGCUAUUUUUAGUUUUAUUUUAGGAUUGAUAAUAUGUCAUAGAUCUUAAAGUACGUCAAUUUAAAACCUUAAGCUGUGCUUAAUUCUUCUUGUAGGCUGACAGCCUUUGUGUUGAGGUCAUUUGCCCAGGCACGAGAAUUCAUCUAUGUAGAGGAGAAGCACAUUCAUGAUGCUGUAAAGUGGUUGAGCAGCCUACAGAUGCAAAGCGGCUGCUUCCAAAGUGUUGGAUACCUUUUUAACAACCAACUGAAGGUGCCCACAUUUCAUUCACUCUAACAUAUGGGGAGGGGAGAUGUGAAGUUGUUUUUUCAUACCAGAAUCUGAUGACAGAGACUGAGCAAAGUCACAUCUGCUUUUGCAUACCCUUGAAAUCCAGAUAUAAUAAAAGUGAAACAUCAGCAAUUGUUCAUAACAUUUAACUGCUAAUCUCUUUCCAGAGUGAGGUGUCGGAUGAAGUGACGUUUGCUGCCUACAUCACGAUUGCGUUGCUAGAAAGUGGUGCUGCUUAUAAUGUGAGUCCUCAUUUUUUAAAUUUAAGUAACAAAGGAAUGUGACAUCUCUGGAACUGUACCGGAGAAUGUCUAAAGAGCAAGGGUGGUGGCACAAUCUAAGAAAACUGUAAAUUUACUAAUUCAUACUUACAUGUCCUGAUUCAAGAGCCUCUUUCUUCAGGCAACCCCUCUUCCCCUCCCAAAAAAGUGCUGACAUAAUCUGAUUCAACUAUAUUAGAUUUAAAAAAAUAUCCAAUUGCAAAAAACUCACCUGAACAAAAUAAGAAAAUUAAUAUAAAAAAACAUUGGAAAGUAAAGUAAAAAUAAUCUAGACCUUCCAGCCCAGAGUUCUUCAAGUGGCAAGUGUUACUUAUAUAUGUUAAAUAUUUUAGCCCUGGAAGUAUUUGGCAUCCUAUGGUCCUCUAGCAAUUUGCAUCAGAGGACUGAGUAUCCUUUGGUCCAGUCCUUAAUGGAAUAGGAAGUUUGAGUACCCAUAAGCUUCAUUAAAUAUUACCCUCUAUCCCACCAACCUGGGUGGAGGAAAUAUUUAAUCAUUAUCUAGCCCCCAAUUGAAGGUGGUGUCUGUGAAAUCCCAUCCAUUUUUAAAAAUUCCUUAUCAGCAGAAUGUGGAGGUGAGAAAUGCAAUAAACUUCUUCUUGUUAAUCAUUAGGGUCUCUUAGACCCUCUGUUUUAUUUAACGAAUUUUACUUCCAUUAGAAAGAGCAGAUUGUUUAUUUUCUAAUACCUCUUUUAUCUGUGGCUCAUGUGUCCAGUCAGGCAAAACUAGAUAUACUGACUGGUUAAAUACAUUGUAUUCUGAAUUACCACCUGCUUGUUUUUAAUAAAAUUUAAGUUGUACUUGUGUUACUGAUGCCAUUUGCCUGUUGGAUUUGAUUGAAUUAUACAUUUGUUUCCAGGAGAGCAUUGUGCAUGACUCAUUGAGAUGUUUGAAGAACCAAGCACACAAUGUAACCAGUAUCUAUAGUCAAGCACUCUUGGCCUAUGCUUUUACUCUAUCAGGAGACAAUGAUCUGAGAUAUCGCAUGUUGAAAGGUUUGGAAAAGAAGGCUAUAAGGAAAGGUAAGGUAAAAAUAAAGAUAUCGGAUGGAACCUAUUGUCUUAUUCAGAAGAGUAAUAAAUAUGAGAACAUAAAAUACUGGCACGUUCUAAUCAUAGUUUGAAUAUUGCCAUUGAAAUACCAUAUGGAUUACAGGCAAACAAAAUGACAUUUAACAACCAGCCUGACUAAAGGCAAUGUAACAUGUUUUAAAGAAUCCAGAUCCAGCAUAGUUGAAACCAGAUAGUUGGCAUGCACACUGCUUUCUGGAUAAUGGAAUAAUCAUGUAAGAAGAUGGUUUAAAUGCCUUUUUUAUCUGAGGUUCCAUGGAGAUCAUUAUAUUAUUGAUUUUAUAUUAUUCAGGGGGAAGCAUGCAUUGGGCUCUGGAUUCUACGGACAGCGGAGGAGUGGAGAUUUCCUCUUACUUACUACUGGCUUUUCUCUCAGACAAAACAGCUUCCAUUAAAGAUAUUGCAGGAGCCUCGCAUAUUGUCAGUUGGGUCAUUAAACAGCAGAAUUCACGGGGAGGCUUCUCUUCCACGCAGGUAUAGCUUCUUGAAGGAUAUCAUUUCAUUAUUUCUGAAUAUAUUUUAAGUAUAUAAUUUCAUUCUUUAUCAAUAUGUUCCACAUUUGUUUUUCCUUUGUUUUCAAAAUCCUAAUGGUAUAAGUUCAAUUUACAUUAUUAAAGGCAAAUACCUUCAUCUAUUUGAUGAUGUUUAAUUAAUUUUUACUGUUAUAAAUGUGUUAUGGGCUUAACAAUCAUCAUUAGCUCUAUUCCUGUAUAAGGUAAUAACAAUAAUAAUAAUUCUAAGAAUAAUUAUAAAAACUUUUUUAAAAAUUACAUUUGUACCUAGGUCCACAUAAAGAAAUGUCCAAUAUUGCUCUUAAUCUUUCCCAUUUGUUUCUAAUUCUAAACUUAAAUAGGCAUUGUCAUUCUUAAUUAAGAGUGCAUAGAUUUAAUUUUUUUUAUUUAUAACAAGUCUAUAGUUUACAUAUACACAGAUAUAACGAAAAUAGAGUUUGUAAUACAGAUACUAAGAGAAUAGAACUGAAGAGUCCAACACUUUGGUGAUCCCUACUGUUUAACAUGAAUGAAAUUGACAUUUAUAAUGUGGAAUUAUAAAUUUAGCUGAUAAGGGGUGGUCUAUGGGUAUGGUUAUGAAUCUCAAUGCACCAUAACUACGACACAGAAACAUAUUGAUAUUAUUACCUAGAUUGUUCCUUUCACUGUCCUUGUACAUUGUAAUACAAACUUAGAGUUGUUAAAAAAAUGGCCACAAGGAGUCGCUCAGUUACACAGAAUACAACUUCAGAAAACGAAUCCCAAAAAUAAUUCUGUUACAUCAUAUGAGAAAAUCUAAUUGAUGUGACUGUAAAGAGUAUAUGAAAAGGUGUCAAUGAUGUUGGGAUGCACACAGUUCUAAUAUAUGUAAUGAUGUAACAUAAUCAGCUAACAGUAUAUAUUGCUGUAUUUAUAUGUCUAGUACAGUUUUAAUUAAUUAAUAUAUUGUUAUUUUUAUAUUACUUCUGAACCUACCCCUGGCAACAGAGUACGUUUUCUUAUAUCUGUGGCCAAGAGCUGUGUUUUUCUUCUUUUUUUGUCCAAUUAUUUAGGUUUUAGUACCAAGGUUAACGAUCAGGAUCUCAAAUUUCAAUUUUGUACUUUGUAGUCAUGGCAGGUUUCUUAUCAAAUAAAAUGAAUAUGAAUACAUUGUGUAAGGAUGUGUAAAAGGUUCCAAUGAAAAUCUGGACACAAAUCCCUCCAUCAUAUUAAUCAGUCAUUUAAUAACUUCCAUAAAUUGUAUAAAGAACAAAUACGGAUAUGCUGGGAAAUUUCCUCACUUGAAAACUACAUUAAGAAAGACAGGAUUCCCAGAGGUUUACAGAUCCUACAAAUGUGUUUCUCUAGCGCUAUAAGGAGAUUUUGGACGAUGGCCGCAGUGAAGGGUUGCUAUCGGGUGAUGAAUACAAAUUUAUUCUAAACAGUCACCCAAGGAUGGCAACCUUUUACUGCUUGCCUAAAGUCCAGAAGAGCCUUGAAGAUCCACCUUGCCACCCCAUUGUUUCUGGGGUGGACAAUAUUACCCAAAAUGGGAGUCUCUAUAUAGACAGGAUUCUAAGACCUUUUAUAGAAAACCUACCCUCUUACAUCAAGGAGACUAAGUAAGCCCUGACUCUCCUCUCUGGUUUAAGGCUACCAGAGAAAGCAAGUUUAUGUAGUCUGGACGUGGAGUCCCUUUACUCCUCUACCCGCAUGAUAAAGGGUUGGCACAUGUAAAAUACUACCUAGACCAGAGGGGGCCCAAUUACCAGGCACACACAACAUUCACAUUGAAACUAUUGAGUUCUGUUUUGUUGCAUAAUAAUUUUUUGUUCCACAACUAAUUCUACCAUCAGGUGAGGGACACGGCUACUGGGACAGCAUGUGCUCCCUCAUAUGCCAACCUUCACCUGGGUUGGUUAGAGGAGCAUCUAUCGACAAUGGAUACCCUGGCCCAAUACCGAUCUAAGAUUCAUCUAUGGACUGCUAUAUAGAUGACGUCCUAGUGGUGUGGCAGGGUACCACUGAGGAAUUUAACAACUUUGUUUCUGCUCUCAAUGUGAAUGAUGAGAAUCUAAGAUUCACUUCUGAGUUUGGGGGCCCCUCGUUUAAUUUUCUGCAUUUUACUUUCUCUAUCACCAAGGAAGUUGUACUUCAAACCACACUAUAUUGGAAACACUCAGCCUGCAACACCCUCUUAUGAUGGGACAGCUUCCAUCUGAAACCUCUGAGACAGGGUAUAUCUGUUGGUCAAUACCGAAGGGUACAGAGAAACUGUAGUGGCAUAAAUGACUUUAAAAGUUAAAGCCAAAGCAUUGAGGCAGCAAUUUAGAGAGAAAGGAUACCCUAACAGAUGCCUCAAAAGAGCUUAAGAGAGGGCAUUGAAGACUGAUAGGAAUGCCCUUCUGGCAGCUCUCCCUCCAAAAAAAAGUGCCAAAGCUAUUAGGAUGAUAGCAAUAUUUGAUGCAGGAUGGAGUGAAGUGAAACAGUCCAUGCAGAGAUUCUGGCCAAUCCUAUUGAAUAAUGUCCAGUUAAGGAUGUUCUUGGACCUCAGAUGACCAUCACGGCACGAAGAGGCAGAAAUCUCAGGGAUAUCUUCGUCCCGAGCCACUUUCAACCUCCUGUAAAAUCACCAACUACAUGGUUAGGAACAACACCCCCUUCCCCCCCCCCCCAUCCCCCUGUGGCACCUAUAGAUGCAGGAGGUGCAUGGCAUGCAAAUUUAUUGUAUGGGAUUCAAAAAAUGUGACGGAUAGUGAGGGUCCUUCAAAAUUACCAGCUAUUAAGUCCUUCAAAAUUACCAGCUUUUUUAACUGCAAUACUGCAGAUAUGGUGUAUUUAUUUACCUGCAGUUUCAAUUUGAAAUAUGUUGGCAAGACUAUCCGUCCAUUUAAAGAAAGAAUCAAAGCAUGUAAGGUCCCCUAAAAACCACUUGGAAACUUCGAUCUCCCUACAACUCAAGGACUGCCACAGAGGGUAAUCUAAAGAUCUAAAAUUCUGCGGCUUGGAACUGGUGAAAAGAGAACAGAGACGGGGGGACUAUGACACAAUUUUGAGACAGAGGGAGUGAUCUUAAUCAUCUAGAUGGUAAUUUAGUAUGAAAUAUAUUCCUUAUUUUAAUUUAAAUUUUUUCACUCAUUUUUUUCACCCAGUAACCAAAGUAAGCUCCCCCUAUAUAUUAUACUACUGUAUUAUACCAUAGGUACAUUAAUAAUGUGUUAGCAUAUGAGUAGAUUCCAUAUAGUCCCUUGAUUUCCCUCUUACCUUCUGAGGAAUUGAACUAAGGACAUUAACAUUAUUCUGGGUCCAAGCUUCUAACUCUAUACUGUACAAAUAUACUGUUUAUUCAAGUGCUUGUAUUAACAUGCCUAGAUUAAUGGGAUAAUCUUUAGGAACUUCGGUAACUUGUCCUAUGAGCACUUGUUGAAUAAUGGAUGAUGGUUAAUAGAAGUGUAUUUAUACAAAUAGAUUUUUGGAGCUAUAUGCUCCUUCAUUGUAUUUACUUAAAAUCAUCAGGGGUUAACAAAAGGUUUUAACCCUAUAAAUAUAUAAUUUACACAAUCAUUAGAAUUAAUGUUCUUGCACCAUUAGGAUAGCUCCUGGGACUUUCUUCAUUUUUCCCCUAUGAGUACUUGUUGAUUAAUAGACUAUGGGUAAUAAAAAUGCACUCAUACAAAUUGAUCUUGGGGGCAACAUGUCCCUCCAUUGUACUUUCUUAAGCACACCAGGGGUUAAAGUAAGCUGAAUGGGGUUGUGAUAGGGGGCUGGUCAUUUUAAAGGAGUUGUUUGAUAUGAGCCCGGGGAUUGGUGGGACAUUCAACUAGGGAGGAGCAUCCUACUAGAUGAUGUCAUAUCACUCUGAUAAGUGGACCCAAUACAACACCCCCUUUAAAUGUGGGCACAAUGCAGUAGCGAUUCAGCUCUUGAUAAAGGCAGAUAGUUACGCCGAAACGCGCGUCGAGUCUAUGUGCCGAUGCACUAAUACGAGAUUUACUUGAUUUUAUAACCUUUUUUGUUUGUGUGUCUAAGAAUGGAGAUUAUUUAGUUAUAAGGCUGAGAGAUACUACCUUUUAUUUUCCUGGGGCUAUGAUUUGCUUAGUCUAGAUUUAACCUUAAUAAAGAGGGGUGGCUGCCUUGAAGCAGCUGUACUCUAGGGUAGAUAGGUCUGGAUAAUGUAUUUUCACUCCAGCUUUAUGUAUAAUUUAUAGGAAUAUAUACCUACAACCUAGCCGUGUUAUUACUUUUCUCCCCCCUUCCUUCCCCGAUACUGCCUUCAUGCUCUGUCUCUCUGCUGUUGGGAGUGAAUCAUUAGGACUAUAUCACUUUAUUUAUGUUUAAGUAUUUUGUUUUAUCCUUGCAUCUAACAUUGAGUUUAGAGAAAUGUUCUAUAUGAAGUAAUACUUAAACCAAAAAAAUGUGAGCUAGUAGUACCUAUGGCAUCCUAAGGGUCAAACUUAACCCAUUCAGUACCAGUAUCGAGUUUGGAAUUAACCUCAGGACUUUUCCUUUGUAAACCACAGAAUCUACCUCAGCAUUUUGGGUAUUGAUCUCUUUCUAUCUCUACCUGCUUUGCAACUAAUUAUAGCCAUAGGAUUUUCAUACAUAAAAGAGAGUCUUUAAAUUACAUGUAUUUACUUCAUUUAGUCUCUGGGAGUUUGAGUACUUCCCAACAGGAUUUCCUUGUAGACCUGUGGCUGUUUGUGGCUACCCUAGAGGUGAAUUGGUUUAAUUGUGUAGUGCAGGGGUAGGCAACCUUUUAGCAGCACUGUUCCGAUAUAGGAUUGUGAUGUCCCGUAGCGUGCCAGUCCUAUUUUUUUAAAUUGAGGUGGGUAUGCUGCUGUAUUCUGCUUGUGUUAUUUAUACUGUAAUUGCUUUGUAUUGUUGUAUUUGUGCGUAUAUGAGCUAUUAUAUUGUAUAUGUUCAGGAGUAGUUUGUGGUAUCAUGUAUGAUACAUAUGAAUGUGGGCUGUGUAUGGGGGCUGCUUGUGAAUUGUGUGUAUGUGAAUGGAUAUGUCACAUUUUGUGUUUGGUAGUGUGUGUAUGUGUGGGGGCUGUUUGGGGUAUUGCAUGUGAGAGGCUGCAUGUGGGGUUGUGUGCAUGUAUGUGGAUUGUUAGCGGGUUAUGUUUGUGCGGAUUGUAUGUAUGUUUGCUUGUGGGCUGUUCAUAGUAUUUGUAUGAGGGGAGGGUUAUUGUGCAUUUAUGUGUAAAUCUAGCAGUGUGGGUGGCUUCCCUGGGUUCCAAUGGGGACCAGGCUGGCCAGGUACAGGUCAAGGACAGGAGCUGCUACAGCAGCUGCGGGCUGCUCUACUACAGUGUGGAUUCCCAUUCACAAGUGCUGGGAGGAAGUGAUCUGAGAUCAGUUCCUCUAUGUGCUGUAAUGCAUAAAUUGAGGAUUGUCCUUCACCGCCUCUUUGUAUUAGCAGAUAUCUGAAGUUUCACUGGGACUCCUGAUAGGCCAGAGCCUGUUUUGCUGUAGCAGCCUUGAGUGCCGUGCAAAAACAUCUUGAGUGACAUGCAUGGCACUAGUGCCGUAGGUUGCCUACCCGUGGUGUAGUGCUUCUCUGUUCUAAUACUAUAUCCUGUUCACUUGAAUUUGAUACUUUGAUGUUUUUGAUACAUACCAAUAUGGGAUAUAGUUUAAAUUCUAUUUUAGUAGCUCACAUUGUUUCUAUUUGUCACUAUAAUUGAUACUGAGCUAUGUAGGUUUCCUCUCCUUUUUAAUUGAUAGUGAUUAUCACUUUUAACUUUUUGUUACACCUAUUUUGUAUGUCAAUUUAUAAUAAGAUGUAUUACCUAUAAAAUGAUUUUUAAAUUUAGAGGUAAUUUUCUAGGGAGCCGUCUGACCUUAUUAAUUGUAUUCUUUGUCUUUUUGUUCUUUUAAUAUGUAAAGGUUGUGCAAGAGUAUAUUAAGACCAUGUUAUCUAAUAAAACAUAAAUCUCAUUUUUCUAGAUAUAUAAAUUUCAAAUGCAGAUUAGCUGCAACGGGCCCAUAAAGUCCAUCUUUUCCUAAAAUAAAUCAAAAGUUUAAUUAAUAAUUUUGGGCAAUUCUCUGCUUCUACAACUAUUUCUGUAAAAUUAGUUUCCAGUGAUAUCCAUUAAUUAAUCUCUCUGUCAUCUGAUUACAUGUAUGUUCCAACUACUCAUUUUAGACAAUAUAUCCACAACAAAGAAAUCAGACAAUAAAAAAACAAGAUAGGAAUACACAAUAAAACACUAAACAAAAUAAACACAAAAUGUGCUUUUAAAUUAUCUGAAAAAAAAUGCCUUAUUUUUAUAGGACACAGUUGUGGCUCUUCAAGCUCUUUCAAAAUAUGCAAAGGCUACUUUUAUUGAGAGUGGAAAUGCCAAAAUCAGGAUUCGCUCACAUCCAGGGUUUCAAAAACAGUUAAUUGUGGAUAAAAGCAAAAGUCUUCUUAUGCAGAAGGUAGUACUGCCAUAUAUUCCUGGAAAAUACACCGUAACUGCCACAGGGAAAGGCUGUGUCUACGUACAGGUCAGUAGAAUCAUUCGUCAAUACACUCAGUCACACUCUGGUGAGCUCACAAUGUGUUAAAUAAAGACUGAAGAAGCUGAGAUAGAAAUUAAAACACUAACACAUAGGACUAAUGAUGUUUUGUUUUGUUUUUUUCACAAAUGUUGCAAUUUUGAUUAUGUUUAUUGAGUUGGCUGUCAAUUUACCACGUUAUUCUUGUUGAAUAAUGACAUCAGUCUGCACUGAUGCCAAGUUGAAUAUCUGUGACUGUUAGAAAGUACAAUUAACAAGGUAAACUUUUGUCAGGUUUCUUAUUUACUCUUUUGUUCACUUUAAGAUUUAAUUUUUUCAUUUUCUAUGUUAUGUAUUGAUAAUAAAUUUUGCUCUGUUUAUAUAGACAUAUCUGAAGUAUCACAUCCCCCCUUCUAAAACUGACACACAUUUUAUUCUGAGUGUGAACACGCAGCCAACAGUUUGCACGUCUCAUGUAGGUAGAAGCUUUGAGAUCCUCGUGGAGGUCAGGUGAGAAUGAAAACAUAUGCACAGUCCCAGUCUUAUCAUAAUGAAAUACUUGUUUAGGGUGUUUCAUGCAGAUAUAACAAAUAUAAGACAUUUUAUAAUUAAUAGUGUAGUAUAAUUUAUAAAUAGACUGAACCUAAAAACUGUUUAUCAUACAUAUAGUACUGACAGGGCUCGAUUCUUAUAAUUUUUGUGAUGACUUGGUAGAAAUAUUGAAUUUUUUCAAUGUUGAUGUUGACAAGAAUUGACAAGAAAUUUGCAGUUUCUCUUUGAGUAGAAAAACCUAUAUUUUCCAAUGGUGCAUUUUGCUACAACUGCAGUAGGUUAUCAGACCCAGGUUUGGUGCUAAACAAUUGAAUCUUGUUCUAGAUACUCUGGGAACCGAAUAUCAUCCAAUAUGGUGAUUGUUGAAGUGGAGAUGCUAUCAGGAUUUAUAUCCAUUGAGGAAAGUGUUAAAAAGGUAAGUAUGAAAUAUUCAAAACAAUAGAAAAAAAUAACCAAAGGUGUUUUUGCAUUCCUGCAGGUGAUAUUACUUACUGUACUUAUCUCCAUUAAAAUAAAUCAGCAGUUAAUGAAAAGUGAAAGAUUCUUUAGAGUCGAUAUAUAAUAUAAAAUGGUAAUACCUUCAUAAUUACUUUUAAAGAAAACUGUUUUCUGCUUACGUUGUUUCUGUACAGUCUAGCAGCAAACUCAAUUUUAUCAUAGUUUUGCAAUUCUGACUUUUUUUGUUAUACAGGUUUUUAACGGCUCUAGUAAACCCCUUAGUCUCUGAGAAAAUCUCAUGCAACAGACAAAUGAAUAUUCCCUUACAACUAUAUUAGAUUUAAUUGAGAAUUUAAGAUUAUUAUCACUAUUAGUAUUGAUUUUUGAAAUAGUGACUGACUUUUUUUGGUUCUUUUUUUUAGUUGGAGAAGAAUCCACUGAUAAAGAGAACUGAAGUCACAGCUGAGAAGGUCAUCAUAUACUUAGAAGAGGUUGGAAACAAAAUUUAAUUUUCCUAAAAGAGUAAUAUUUUUUUUUACCCCUGCAUAUCUUCAUGUGAAUUAUCCAAUGACAUUCAUUAACCUCUCCCCAUCUAAGUUUCUCUCCAUCAAUCUCAUAUGAUCACAAGGUUAUUUGUUUAAAGGCAAUAUUUUACAAGAAUGAAAACUAGAGUUAACUGAGUUAGUUGAUGCUUGAUAAAAAAAGGAGUAAAAGGUAUUAUUACUAUUUCUCAAGGUUUUUGACCUACUGUCCAGGCUAAUUACAGCACUAAUGUAGCAACCCCCCUUAAUUUGAGUGGGGGUAAAAGGUGAGAAUACAGCACAUGCACAGUGGACACCAUUCAUUUUAGUGCAAGUCUUUGCAGGUAAAUAAUGCUCAGUAGUCAAGUACAGGAGCCCGGACGUGGGGACAUGAUGAUGUUGCGUACAUCAUGACGAGGGGAGCGAGUUGGAGGUUUUUGAAUGUGAGACGCGAUGUGAGACCUCUCCUUGUUUGACUACUACAUUUUCUCCAUCUUGAUCAGAGAUAUUGACUAUCAGACCCACAAACGCCUACACAGCAUCUUAAGUCUGCCAAACAACUUUGGCUGAGUCAGGGAAUACAGAUGCCUGUUUAUGGUUGCACGCUCGAGCUCCACACAGAUUCCUUUGCUGCUGUGAGCAUAUGUUGCACUAUUUCAUUUGGAAAGGCACAGAGGACUCGUGGACACACAUCAACCCAUUGCAAUACACAGAGCACGACUGAAGUACUUAAGUUUCAAUCACAACGUCUGUUGGGGAGAAUCUCAGACAGAUCAAACGGUUUGGAAAAAAAAACUAACGCAAGUCCCAACUCUAACUGAACCACAGAAGACAGAUAAGACCCCUUUCCCUUUGCCUUCUAUAUAUUUGUUGUUGUAUAUAUUCAUUAAGUACCCUAGAAUCCUCAACAGAUUCCUCUGAUGCCGUGAGCAGUUGGUGCAGUGCCUAAUCUAAAACAGCACAGUGGACUCAUGGAUGCAAACCAUCCCUUUGCUAUAUAUAAUACACAGCUGGAAUUCUUAAGUUUGAACCACGAUGUCUGUUGGGGGGAAUUCCAGAUAGAUCCAGUGGCUUGGUAAAAAAAACGAAUGCAAGUCUCAACUCAAUAUGCAGUACAGAAGAUAAAUAAGACUCUUUUUGCUUUCUAUAUACAUGUUGUUGUAUAUAUUCAUUAAGUACCCUCUGUAGCUAAAUAUUAUACUAACACACAGGAGUUUACUACUUUUGAUUAACUAGCACACACAAACAAAAAGGGAUAGAAAAAAAAUGAGCACUUGAUAAUUUUGUACUAAGCACAAGCCUAAAGUUGGCAAUUAAUUAUGGCUACCAAAAAAGCAUCUCACGAAUUAAAACUAACAUAAAAAAAGAUAAGAGAGACAGCAAACAAGAUAAAAAAUAUCUCUACUUAUUUCUCUUCUCACUCCAAAGAGUCAAUAAAUCAUUCAUCUAGAGAAUCCUUGUCUAAGUUAGAUCUCUCCACAAUGGAAAUGACCAAAGGAAACGAAGAAGUAACAAUUACAUUCUUGAAUUCAAGCUUAAAAGCUAUGUUGGAAGAAAUUAAAAGAGAAAUUUUAUCAAAUUCAACAGAAAUUAAACAAGAAAUCAAAAGUGAUAUUGCAAAAUUGACUAAUAAAUUCCACAUUAUAGAAGAUCAAAUAAGAAACAUGGAUUUCCAGAUAAAAACAUUAAAUGAAGAUGUAAUACAAAUGACACGGAAAUUAAUUACCUGGAAAACAAAAUUGAAGAUCUUGAAGACUGCUCCCGCUGAAAAAAAAAUUAAGAUUUCGUAAUUUUAAAGAUACAGGCAAGCAAGAAGACCUGCACCAAAUAUUACAUGACUAUUUCAUAGCACUGGGUCUCACUUUUAAUGGAUAUGACGAAAAAAUUGACAGGUGCCAUAGGUUAAAUAAACCUUCAAAUGUAGCCUUUGAGGCACCUAGAGAUAUAAUAGUUUGUUUUCAAUCUUAUGAAUUUAAAGAAAAAGUACUAAAAGCCAAUAGAGGGAAAGUCAUAAAUAUGAAUUGCUGGUGACUUCUACUGCUAUUUUUGACUUCAAAAUGGAUAAAAGCUCUCAAGUUCAGUUGAAGUCUGAAAAUUUACUAAACAAACAAUCUAGAAUUUUAACUAAUAUAUGUAAUGCACAUGGUUUAUAUGAUGCUUGGCGGAUUAUGAAUCCUGAUAUUUGGGAUUUUUCCCAUUUAUCUAAAGUCCAUAACUCUUAUUCAAGAAUUGACCUAUGUUUCGUUAAAGCCAAUACACUAAAUAGCAUUAAUAAAAUUCAAAUUAAUGAUAAUACCUGGUCUGACCAUAGUUCUGUAAUAAUAGAUUUAGGGAAACCGGUGCCUAAAGGUAGAAAAACUUGGAGAUUGAAUGACUCCACUUUUAAACUUAAGGAAAACCAAGAGAAACUAAUGGAGCUAUCCAGGAUUUUUUGGUAAGAAAAUUCAACUCCCGAUAUUCUACAUUCAACACUAUGGGCUUCUUAUAAAGUAGUAAUGAGGAGUUACCUUAUUAAAAUUGAAAAACAAUCCAAAAAAAUAAGAGAUAAAGAUCUUGCCGAUCUAUACAUCGAAUAUCUUAAUAUGUCCAAAAUGAACAAAAAUCAACUAUCUAGACAACUUAUGAAAAUAAAAUGAAUAUAAAAACAAAGGAAAAGAUAAAAAGAACUAUUAAUAAACUAAGAUUCAAUUCUUAUUACCAGGGGAAUAGGGGCAAUAAAAAUCUAACUAAACAAUUAAAGAAACAUAAUGCGAAAAAUAGAGUAAAUAAACAAUCUGACGGUCAAACUAUUUACUCCUCUCCAGAUAAAAUUGGUCAGAUAUUUAAUACAUUUUACAGCAAUUUAUAUAACCUAUGAAUAGUUUCAGACAAUAUAAAAAUUAAUAACUAUCUAUCCCAAACUACUAUCCCAAAAAUUUCUACCUCUGAUCUCAAUAUUCUAAAUGUUGAGUUUCCAUCCAAGAAGUAGAAAGAGAGAUCGAUAGAUUGGAAUUUUUCAAGACUCCUGGUCCCGAUGGUUACAGUAACUAAUUCUAUAAAAUUAUGAAAAAAGAAAUAGCGUGUCCUCUAACUGAUCUUUACAAUGAAAUUGCCAAUUUAGUUAAAACUCCAAAAGAUCUAGUACAAGCCAACACCUUGUCAAUAUUAAAACCUAAUAAAAAUUAAAGUGAUGUUAGUAAAUACAGAACAAUUUAAUUAAUAAAUAUAGAUAUGAAAAUAUAUGCUUCAAUUUUAACAUCUAGAUUAAAGUUAGUUAUUGAAAAACGUAUUCAUCCGGACCAAGUUGGUUUUAUUCCUAGAAGAUCUUCGGAUAGCUGUACAAGAAGAAUUUUGGACAUAAUAGAUAGAGCUGAAUGAAGGGAUAUUCCUCUGCUGACCCUGUCACUAGAUGCAGAAAAAGCAUUUGACAGGGUCAGCUGGAGGUUCUUAGACGCAGUAUUGGUUUCUUUUGGGUUUGUGGGGUGGAUCCAUGGAGCUAUUAUGGCCCUUUACUCUGAUCCAACAGCAAGAACAGUUGGGGUAAAUAUUAUAGCCAGCUGGUUUAAAAAUGUCAUGAGGCAGGGUUGCCCUUUAUCGCCCCUUUGCUAUAUUUUAACUUUAGAACCAUUAGCGAUUAAUAUCAGAACAAAGAAAUGAUCAAAGGUUUUCCAACUAAUAAAGCAAACGCUAAGAUAUCAUUAUAUGCUGACGAUAUUCUAUUGUCGCUUACAUCUCCAGAGUCAUCUUUAUCAUAUGUAAUACAAGAAAUAAAUAAGUACAGUGAAGUAUCAAAUUAUAAGUUAAACGUAGCUAAAUCAAUAGUUUUAACUAAUAAGAUCAAAAAUAAUUUUAUUAAGGACCUCAAGGAUAAAUACAACUUUAAAUGGUCAAAGAAUGACUUUAAUCAUUUGGGAGUCAUAAUUCCAAAUAAGAUUCAAAACUCCAUAGAAAUAAAUGUUCUUAAAAUAAACUAACAUAAAGCUAAAAGAAUGGCACUCAAUAGAAUCUUGGUUGGGCAGGAUCAACACAAUUAAUGCUAAUAUAAUACCAACAUGGUAAUAUUUGUUUAGAAUGUUACCCCUCCAUAUUCCUGACAUUUGGUUAACUAUGAUUCAAUGCAGUUUUUAAACAUUUAUAUGAAAAAGUAAAAAAAUGAGAAUAGGCGCCAAAUUUCUUGCGAGGAAAUACCAACAAGGGGGUUUGAACUAUCCCAAUAUAAGAAACUGUUAUUUUUCUAAUUUUAUAGGUCAUGUUUAUAAGUUACAAGUUGAUAUUUACAAAGAAAAAAUGUGGUAUAUAAUAGAAUCCGACGCUGUCGGAAAUGAUAGACUUGAAUGAUUCCUAUGGCUUAACAGUGGCAAGAAAUCUACAUAUUAUUUAAACACUAAAUCCCUAAUAUUAGCACAAACUAUUCAAGCUUGGGAUAUACUGAAAAAAAGAUUGAAACUUCCCCAUGAAGUUGUUAAAUCUUGUCAUCUGGCUGUUUUGGAAGAUAAUAUGCAAGAUAUAUCUUUGAUAAACUGGUCUAAAUACUUAUUGAGAUGAAUGAUAUUCUACAAUUAGACCAAUUACUUCCCUUUGCUGAAAUCAAGGCUAAACUACACUUACCAAACAAUUAAAUUUGUUCAUAUCUGCGAAUUACAUUUUUUUUUAAAUAAAGAUCUACUAAGAAAUACAUCUAAAGUGGUAAACUUAUUUCAAACAAUUUUCAACCACUCUAAAGUUAAAAAAAAAAAUAACUUCUAAAGCAAUUAACUUAAUAUUGUUAGCAGAUCAAAAACCACUAAACAUUGUUGAUAAAUUGGAGAAAAGAUUUAGAAGGGGAAAUAAGUGAAACCGAAUGGUGUUGUACUCUUAAAGACAUACGAAAACACAUUCAUUGUCUGAAUCUAAUAGAAUGUCAAUCCAAGAUAAUCUACAAAUGGUAUCUGACGACAAAUAUAAGAUUUCUAAGAUGUACCCAAAUCAAAAUCCUCCCUGUUGGCAAUGCGGAUGUCUGGAUGGAUCUUUUUCUUACACAUAUGGUGGUAUUGUAGAUUGGUAACUACAUUAUGGUUAUGGGCUUUUGAAUUAUUAAUUUUUUUAUCAGAUUUAAACCUAAAAAGACAAACCUGUUGUGGCCCUAUUACAUCUGAAAUGGGCUCUACACUCACUAUCAUUAAAAUGUUGUGCUAUUCAUUGUUUCUUAGCUACUAAAAUCAUUAUAGCCAGACAAUGGAAAUUAACCCCUUAACCCCUUAAGGACACAGCUUCAGAAGCUUGACUUACGCUUAAUGACACAAGCAAUUUUUGCAUUUUCUUGCUGUUUGCGUUCAACUGCAAUUUGCAUCUCUCUCAUUUAUUGCACCGACACAUAUUAUAUACUGUUUUUUAAAGGACAGAAAGGGCUUUAAUUUGAUAUAACAUAUAUAUAUAUAAAUGCUUACUUAUUAUAAAAAAAAUACAGAAAAAUGCAAAAAAAAUGAAAAAUAUUGUUUUUUUUUACAGUUUUUGCAAUAAUAAUGUGUGCAUAAUUAGUGCAGGUUAAGGAAAGUAAUUAAAAAUAAAUUUAUUUAUUUGUUCUGAUUUACAGAAUAUAUAAUGUGUCUGGGAUUUUAAGUUUUUUUUGGUAGUUACAGGUCACAAAGCACAAGGAGUAAAAUAAAAUUUUAAUGUGGAGCGAUUUUAGAAUUUGGUAUGUUUGUCUUGUAAGCUUAAUAGCCAUAAAAGAAAACAAAAUUGCCACACAAAAGUAUAUAUUUAUAUAAAGUAGACAUCACGGGCUAUUUACCUAAGGUUGUUUUGACACUUUCUACGUAGCCAUUUCACCGCCAACCUCUGCUAAAUAUUGGAGUAAAAUUGUGUUCUUUUUGGUUUUUGGCACACAAACUUAUAACAGAGAAAUUCUCGUGUAUAUUUUGUAAAGUUGGUGUGUGCUAUUCCUGUACAAAGUUUUAUUUUGUGUUCAGUUACAUCUGCUGAGUAAAAUGACACCCCCAUUGUAUGUCUUUUGCACUAUUUCGUGAAGUUACAGUGCCAUACAGGAUACCUGUCCUUUUCAGUAUUCACAGUAGAAUUUUGAGAGAUGGAUUUAAUGAGCCUUAGCUUCCAUUUGGGGUAUUAUAACAGUUUGACUGUUCAAAAAACCCCCACAAAGGCCUACCAUUUGUAAAAGUAGACACUCCAGGGUAUCUUAUAAGGUGCAUAUUGUGCCUUAACAUGCCCCCAUUUUUUCACCAAUAUAUGCCAAAGUAUGUGGUAAAAAAUAAUUUUGUGCAUUUUUUACAUACGGAUUGCAUUUUUGCUGGGCGUUUUGUAUAUUUCAUAUGUGCCACUAAGUUCAAACCCCCCAAAUUAUGCUCAGCUAAGUCUUCUGAGUAAAAUGACACCCCAUAUGAAUGUCUUUGGCACUAUUUCGUGAAGCUACAGUGCCAUAUAGGAGACCUGUCCUUUACAGUAUUCACAGUAGAAUUUUGAGAGAUGGAUUUAAUGAGCCUUAGCUUCCAUUUGGGGUAUUAUAACAGUUUGACUGUUCAAAAAACCCCCACAAAGGCCUACCAUUUGUAAAAGUAGACACUCCAGGGUAUCUUAUAAGGUGCAUAUUGUGCCUUAACAUACCCCCAUUUUUUCACCAAUAUAUGCCAAAGUAUGUGGUAAAAAAAUUAUUUUGUGCAUUUUUUACAUACGGAUUGCAUUUUUGCUGGGCGUUUUGUAUAUUUCAUAUGUGCCACUAAGUUCAAACCUCCCAAAUUAUGCUCAGCUAAGUCUUUUGAGUAAAAAUACACCCCCAAUGAAUGUCUUUGUCACUAUUUUGUGAAGCUACAGUGCCAUAUAGGAGACCAAGCCAUAUCCGUUUUUACCAAACUUUGAAUUUUGACGCUGGGCCUAUGUGCAAUUUCCAAGCAUCUUCGCAGGUUUUAAAUUCAAACUACCCCACAAAGGCCUACCAUUUCUUAAAGUAGACACCCCAGGGUGUUUCAAAAGGUAUAGUUUGAACCUUAGCGUGGGAUCAUUUUUCCGCUAGCUUGUACCAGAUGUAGUGGUAAUAAGCGUUUUUUCUGCCUUUUUGACAUACAAAGUGAGUUUGCACAGUAUAUUUUGCAAACCUUAUGUGUGCUACGACUGUAUAAUACUUCAUAUGUUGCUCAGCUAUGUCGGCUGAGUACAGCAAUACCCCCGUAUGUACCUUUGCCAGGUAUGUGUGGACAUCGGAGGGGCACAUUUGGGACACAGCCAUUCCAGUUUUUUUUCAAACUUUGAAUUUUUAUGCUGUGCCUAUGUCCCAUUUUAGAGUAUUUUACCAGGCUAUAUAAUCCAAAUUCCCCAUAAAGCCAUACCAUUUCUUAAAGAAGACAUCCCAGGGUAUUUCAAAAAGGCAUAUUUUGAACCUCAGCGUGGGAUCAUUUUUCCGCUAGCUUGUACCAAGUGUAGUGGUAAUAAGCAUUUUUUCUGCCUUUUUGACAUACAAAGUGAGUUUGCACAGUAUAUUUUGCAAACCUUAUGUGUGCUACGACUGUAUAAUACUUCAUAUGUUGCUCAGCUAUGUCGGCUGAGUACAGCAAUACCCCCGUAUGUACCUUUGCCAGGUAUGUGUGGACAUCGGAGGGGCACAUUUGGGACACAGCCAUUCCAGUUUUUUUCAAACUUUGAAUUUUUAUGCUGUGCCUAUGUCCCAUUUUAGAGUAUUUUACCAGGCUAUAUAAUCCAAAUUCCCCAUAAAGCCAUACCAUUUCUUAAAGAAGACAUCCCAGGGUAUUUCAAAAGGCAUAUUUUGAACCUUAGUGUGGGAUCAUUUUUCCGCUAGCUUGUACCAAGUGUAGUGGUAAUAAGCAUUUUUUCUGCCUUUUUGACAUACAAAGUGAGUUUGCGCAGCAUAUUUUGCAAACCUUAUGUGUACUAUGACUGUAUAAUACUUCAUAUGUUGCUCAGCUAUGUCGGCUGAGUACAGCAAUACCCCCGUAUGUACCUUUGCCAGGUAUAUGUGGAUGUUGAAGGGGCGCAUUUGAGACGCAGCCAUUCAGUUUUUUUCUAACUUUGAAGUUUUACGCUGUGUCCAUGUUCCAAUUUGGAAUAGUUUAGACGGUUGGUUAUUGAGACUUCCCCACAAACACAUACUAUUUAUUAAAGAAUACACCCUGGGGUAAUUCAAAAGGCAUAUUUUGAACCUUGGCGUGGGAUAAUUUUUUCUCUAGUUUGUUCCAGGUGUAGUGGUAAUGAGCGUUUUUAAAAUGUAUUUUUUUACUUUUUAUAACUUUUUUACUUUUAAAAACUAGUUUUUAAACUUUUGUUUUGCUUAUAAAUUUUUUUUAAACUUUCCUAAACUUUCUUAAAACUUUUUUACAGAUUUAACAUUUUUCUAAGCUAUUUUUUUUACUGUUAACCCCUAACUAGCAGUACGCAGCACUAACAGUAAAUUCCCCAUUUUCCCAUAACUCCCACCCACCCCAGCUAGCAAAAUAUAUAGUUAUAAAAUAUUUAAAUUAAUUAAUUAAAUAAAUUGAACCCCUGAGGGUUAAAAAAAAUAAAUAAAAGUUAAUCCUCAGGGGUUAAAAAAAAUUAGAUCACAGUAUAAUACUGUGAUCUCUAUUUGAUCGCUGUAGGCAGUGAUCGACUGGCAGGGAAGGGGUUAAUUUUUAUUUGGACUAGGUAAAGUGUGUUUUUUUGUUUUUAUUACUUAAAUGUUAUUAAAACAUUUUUUAAGCUUAAUUUUUAACUUUUUAAAGUUUCUUUUAAAACUUUUUUUUAACGUUAACCCCUAGUUAGCCUAACGUCAAAUCCCCCAAUUCCCCACUAACUUCCACCUACCCCAGCUAUCUAAAUAUAUAAUUUAAAAAUAAUUUAAUUAAUUAAUUUAAUUAAUUUAACCCCUGAGGGUUAAAAAAAAAAAAAUUAACCCUCAGGGGUUAAAAAAAAAAAUCAGAUCAUAGUAAAAUGUAAUCCCUGCCAAUUGAUCACUGUAGUCAGUGAUCAAUUGGCAGGGAAGGGGUUAAUUUUUUAUUAAAAUGGGUAAGGGGGGGGGGACUUUAAAUAAACUUUAUUUUUUUUUCCAGCAGGGGGCAGGAUCAGCACUGAUCCGGCUCCCUGCACUUCACACAGAACCCGGAAGUGCAGGGAGCCGGUAGGUGAGUAUACAGAGCACAUGUGCUCGCUCAGACUUGUGGUCAGAGCGAGCACAUGUGCUGGGCAGCUUGACCGGGUGCUCCCGGUAUGCCUCUAAUGCAGAGGCAUACCGGGAGCACCAUUAACCCCGCGAUCGCCGCGAUAGCGGCGAUCCGGGGUUAAUUUUACCGCGUGACGGACGAGGUCCGUCACCCGUCGUUAAGGGUCUCCCCUGUGUGACGGACCUCGUCCGUCACCCGUCCUGAAGGGGUUAAGGACUGGACUGUUUUUGCGAUGUUGUACAUUUGCGACCAGGCAUAUUUUUACACUUUUGUGGUGUUUGUGUUUGGCUGUAAUUUUCCGCUUUCUCAUUUACUGUUCCCAUACAAAUUAUAUAUUGUUUUUUUCAGGACAAAAGGGGCUUUCUUUACAUACCAUUAUUUAUAUAAUCUCAUGUAUUUUAAUUUAAAAAAAAUUAAAAAAUAUGAUGAAAAAUUGAAAAAAAUACAUGUUUUUUGACUUUUACUUGAAAAAUCUUUUACUCAUCUACAAAAGCGAAUGAAAAAAACUGCUAAAUAGAUUCAAAAUUUUGUCCUGAGUUUAAAAAUACCCAGUGUUUACGUGCUUUUUUGCUUUUUUUUGCAUGUUAUAGGGCUAUAGGUACAAGUAGGAUAUUGCGGUUUCAAAACAUACAUUUUUAAAAUUUAUCAAUAGUGACAUUGUAACACUAUUAUCUGUCAUAAAUCUCUGAAUAACACCCCACAUGUACAUAUUUUUUUUAAAGUAGACAACCCAGGGUAUUCAAUAUGGGGUAUGUCCAGUCUUUUUUAGUAGCCACUUAGUCGAAAACACUGGCCAAAGUAAGCAUUCAUAUUUGUUUGUGUGUGAAAAAAGUAAAAAAACUAAAUUGAACGCUAAUUUUGGCCAGUGUUUGUGACCAAGUGGUUACUAAAAAAGACUGGACAUACCCCAUUUGCAAUACCUUGGGUUGUCUUCUUUUGCAAAUGGUAUGCCAUCAUGGGGGUAAUUCUCAUUCCUGGGCUACCAUACGCUCUCAAAGGCAACGUAACCAACCUGGCCAUUUUCAAUGUAAAAAUAUUUGACCCAUAUAUUUGACCUUGUAACUUUCAAAAAUGCUAUAAAACCUGUACAUGGGGGGUACUGUUUUACUCGGGAGACAUCGCUGAACACAAAUAGUAGUGUUUAAAAACUGGAAAACGUAUCACAACAAUUAUAUCAUCAGUAAAAGUGCUGUUUGUGUGUGAAAAAUGCAAAAAAAGUAACUUUCACUGACAAUAUCAUCGCUGUGAUAUGUUUUACUGUUUUGAAUCACUAAUAUUUGUGUUCAGCGAAGUCUCCCGAGUAAAACAGUACCCCCCAUGUACAGGUUUUAGGGUGUCGUAGAACGUUACAGGGUAAAAUACAAUGCUAGCAAAUUAAAUUCUCUGGAAUUUCGGCCUGGGUUGGCAGGCAGGUCCCUCAAAUUGCAAUCAAUAAAAUUACUGAAUUAUGUAAAAAUAUUACAUAAAUACGCACGUAGAAUUUAAAUAUAUAUGCAUAUUUAUAUAUUUGAAGUCUACGUGUAUAUUUAUAUAAUUAUUUAUGUAAUUUUGUAUAUGGACGUAUGUAUAUUUCUUAUUAUUUUUAUUUAUUUUUAUAUACAUAGAUAUAUAUACAAAUUCAUUCUAAGUGUAUUUUGAUAUAAAUAUAUAUAUAUUAAUUUUAAAAUACAGUUAGAAUAAAAUUUCAUAUAGCUAUAUAAUUUUUUAAAUUUUUUAUUAUUAUUUAAAAAAAAUUAUUUAAUUUAAAUUACUUAUUAUUUAUAUUUUAUAAUAAUAUAUAUAUACAAUAUAUAUAGUUAUUAUAUAUAUUAUAUAUAUACGUGUGUAAUUUAAUUAUAAGUGUAUUUUAUAUUAAUAUAAGUACAUAUUAAUAUAAAAAUACACUUAGUAUGACAUUAUAUAUAUAUGAUAUAUAGACAUAUAUUAUAUAGAUAUAAUAUAUGUCUAUAUAUCAUAUAUACACAUAUAUAAUUAUUUAUUUAUUUUUUAUUAACAUUAACUUUAUUUUUUUUUUUGAUUUUACACUGCAGGGAGACUGCCUGUCAGCACAGGCAGUCCCCCUGCAGGCAGACACAUGGACACCUAUUGUGACCAUGUGAUCGCUGUGUUAAGCGAUCACAUGGCCACAGGGGUCCUAAUCUGCCGUGGGGAGACUGUCUGGGCUGCAGGCAGUCUCCCCACAACCGGAGCCAUGCUGAUCGCCGCCGGGGGAACGACGGCGAUCAGGUAAGUAGCUCUGACCGUUAGGACGGUUCAGGACCGUUAUCGGUCGGCAACGCAAAAAUGCCGAUGACGGUCCUGAACCGUCCUCGGUCCUUAAGGGGUUAAACCUCCCAUUUCAAAAGAAACACAUAGAUCAAUUUACAUAUCAAAUCCGCAUGGAAAGAGAUCUACACAGCUCUUCCUUGUACUCUUUAAAUAAACAAGAAUUGUAUGAUAAAUGGCUGAAUAAAUUGGUAUUAACUGAUUAAAUAUCAAUAAGCAUUUGAACUUUGAUUUUAGGUAUGGAAGGAUUUUAAGCUUGAACUGAUCAAGUUCAUAGUUUUUACUAAUUCAUAUUGUGAUGUAUGUGUAUAUAUGUCCUUUGUGUCCUUUGUCAUUGGGGAUAAGGAAUAAUAAGAAUAUUUUAAAAUAUAAUUAUUGAAAUAAUUCCCAAUUGUUUUUGUGAUAAUGUUGUUGAUGUAUUUUCAAAUCAAUAAUAAAAAAAGAGUAAUGCCCAGUAGUGCAUCUACAAUGGCCACCUCUUAAAGUUAUUGUCAGUGUGUUACACAUUGACACCUAUGAUCAGCGCUGACAUACAAAUCUUAGGGUCCCUUAAAAAUAUUGCCCAGGGCCCCUCUCCUAGAUACAAACUUACAAACUAAUUUUCACAGAUGUGCAUACAUAUAUACACAUAAACUAUCAUAUGCACACACCUUAUUAGAAUAUACACAUACACAUUGCCAAACACAAAUACAUAAUGCCAUGCACACGUGUUAGAAACACACACGCACAGAUUCCCACUGUCAGACACACAUGCCACACACACAGAUGUGCACACAUAGUGUAAACAGACACAUAGUUGGACAUGUACACACAGCCAAACACACUAUCAUACACUGUAAGCCAAACACACAUAGCCAGAGACCCAUGCAAAUUUUCUAACACACACUUCAAACAGACAAACAACCAGAUAUACAAACUCACACACAUUUUUAGAUACAUACACACUGUCAAACAGACACAAAGCCAGACAUACACACUUAUACAUAAUAUAUACACAUAUACUGUGAAACUGGCAUACAGGCAGACACACACACACACAGCCAGACAUUCACACAAACACACAUACACACUGCCAGACACCCACAAAAACAGAUCGCCAACCUCUUUCCUCCUCAGGUAUCUAUGACAUCACCUCCUCCAGCACUACCUCCUGCAAGGGAGCUUCCAGGCUCACAUAUUAUGAAGGACCCCUCUGAUCAUGCUAGCCAGUGGCAGAACUACCGCAGUACCAAGGGUCACAGCUGCGACCGGGCUCAUAACUCCAAGGGGCCCAGCCCUCCUGUUGACCUCUGCUACCGGGGUGCCCAUCUGCAUUGUGGUGCGGCCCCGGCCACACAGAACAGCCGCUGGGGCCGCAUUGAAGGGGCCCAUUGGGUGGCUCUUGGGGCCACCCAAUGGCAAUGAAUUUUCUGGGGCCUGGUCUGUGCUGCGGCGCCUUAGGAGCACCACUGGCCCCUGUGAUGAUGACAGAGCUGGGAGGAAGCCGUCACUUCCUCCCAGCUAACAGAGCCAUGCAGGAGGAGAGUGCCGGGGAAGAGGAGGAGGGAGCUCCCAUCAGCCGUACACUGCCACUGGACCCCAGGGAAGUCUGCAUCCUAGAUGUAAGGGUUGGAAAGAGUAGGUGACUAAAAUUUUUAAGACUUUGUAUGUGUGUCUGCAUGUGUCUGUAUGUGUGUGUGUGUGUGUGUGUAUGUGAGAAUGUCUGUAUCUGUAUAUGUGUGUGUGUCUGUAUGUGUGUGUGAAUGUCUAUUUGUAUAUCUGUGUGUUUGUAUGUGUGUGUGUGUGUGUGCAUGCAUGUGUGUCUGUAUGUGUAUCUGUUUGUCUGCAAAUCUAAUUUCUGCAUGUGUAUGUCUUUGUCCGGAAGUAUGUGUAAUAUGUAUGGGUAACAGUAGGUGACUAAAAUUUUUAAGACUUUGUAUGUGUGUCUGCAUGUGUCUGUAUGUGUGUGUGUGUGUGUGUAUGUGAGAAUGUCUGUAUAUGUGUGUGUGUCUGUAUGUGUGUGUGAAUGUCUCUAUUUGUAUAUCUGUGUGUCUGUAUGUGUGUGUAUCUAUGUGUGUGUGUGUGCAUGCAUGUGUGUCUGUAUGUGUAUCUGUUUGUCUGCAAAUCUAAUUUCUGCAGGUGUAUCUCUUUGUCCGCAUGUAUGUGUAUGUAUAUCUUUGUCUGUGUAUAUGUUUGUCUGCAUGUGUGCCAGUGUGUGCCCCUAUGUAUCUGUAUGUGUGUCACAGUUUAUAUCUGUAUGCGUGUCAUUCUGUGUAUCUGAAUGUUUGUCAUUAAGUGUGUCUGUGUAUCUGCAUGCAUGUCUAUAUGUGUAUAUGUCUGUAUGUGGGUCUGUAUAUCCACAUUUGUGUCUGUGUGUUCUGUGUGUCUGUAUGUUUAUCUGUUUGUUUGUAUAUGUAUCUAUUUGCCUGCAUAUGUGUCUGUAUGUGUAUCUGUUUGUCUGUAUGUGUAUCUGUAUGUCAGUAUGUGUUUCUGUUUUUCUGCAUGUAUGCCUGUAUGUUUAUCUGUUUGUCUGCAUGUGUGUCAGUGUGUCCCUAUAUAUCUGUAUUUGUGUAACUGUUUGUAUCUGUAUGCUUGUCUAUAUGUGUAUCUGUCUGUAUUGUGUCUGUGUAUCCGCAUGUGUCUGUGUUUGUAUCUGUAGAAGUGUCAUUCUGUGCAUCUGAAUGUGUGUCAUUAUGUGUGUCUGUAUCUGUGUGUUAUAUUAUACAAAUGGAGGGGAGCGCGUGGGAGAGGAAGAUGCAUGCCUCUAAUGCUAUCUGCAUCUUUUACAAGCCUUCCCCUCUUUCCCAUUCACAGAUUUGCAGCUUGUGGCAGGGAAUACACAAAUCAGAGACUUCUCAUUAAGAAGCUUCCAUGCUGGACGCAUGUGAUUGCAGCAUUUCUAUGCUUCUCAUUGAGCUCUAUUCCAGCAUGCCUGCCACUCUUGUUAGCUCUGUUGAGUUAUUGAAAGCAGAUGUAAACUUUCCUGCCUGGUUGACAACUGGGAAAGGAUUUGUGCUAAGUUUUAUAAAAGUGCUGAUAUCUGUUGAAAUUGGCACUAUUAUAACCUGUCACAACUAUGACAGACUCGAGGCAUCAAAGCAUAUCGUGCUGAAGUGCUAUUUGUGCCUGGAGUGUUUCUUUAAACACUGAAACCUGUCAUUUAGGCUCACAGCUUGUGAAAGUGACAUGUAUAUCCCUUCUACUUUCUGUUAUAUUCUAACAAUUGCAUUCCUACAGCUCAAACACCAAACAGAAGAGUUUUCUUUCUUCGUCAAACAAGAAACGCUUGUGAAAAAUCUGCAGCCUGCAAAUGUACGAGUUUACGACUAUUAUGAUCCAGGUGUGUACAAAUAAAAAGGACAUUGACACUUAUUAACACAGAUUUAAAUUACUUCCAGUGAGCUGUGUAGACAGAUGUACAAACUAACACAUAUCAGUUCAACUUCAAAUAGUUAUAUCUUUGUCUACAAGCACCUGUUUGCUGUUGAACAAUAUAUUUUAUGCCCAAAUGUCCCUAUAUUGUAAACACUGAAUACAGCAGAUUGUCUCAUGAAUCUUGUGUACAUGAAUGACAAAGCCCCAUCAUGUGCAACUACAUGUAAAGAAGUAUAAUAAUGGUAGUCAAAAAGAUGGAUGGAUGGGUGCACACAUGGAUGGACAGAUGGAUGAUGGACGGUCGGAUAAUUUACAUGGAAAUCACAAUCUUUGUCAAUAUUUGACAUCAUGCUAAUAACUGCCAAUAAGCUGUAAACGGUGAUGACUCAAUCACAAUCCCACUAUUUUGAUAUUGUUUAACAAACCCUUUGACAAUGACCAGUUAAGUGAAAAAAAACAUUAGGCAAUAUUAGAAGGACACUAUAGUCACAGGAACAACUGCAGCUUUUAGUAGUUCUGGAGUCUAUAGCCUGUCCAUGCAGGCUUUUCAAUGUAAAUGCUGCCUUUUCAGAGAAGGUUAACGUGUCCAAUUGGUGCCUAGUAACUCCUCUAGUUGCAGUCACUAAGGCAGCCACUAGACGUGCUUCCUGUGUCAGUACUGUGCUAUGCACAGAGAUUAAAUGCAUCUCUAUGAGAAGAUACUGAUUGCCACAGCAUUGUAUUUUUCCGCACAUGUGCAAUAACCUCCCAAUUCUUCUGGAAAUGGGAAAGCGCUGGAUUGGCAGAGAUCAUCAACUUUGGUGAUUUCAGUCAUGGAGUUGAAGCUAGCCAUGGUGAGACCAACGCGACAUGGUAGAAAAGAUGAGGAAAUUCAUCUAUUCAUGGCGAUCGGUCACCUAAACAGCCACACCACAUUUGUAUUCCUAGCACUAUAGUGUUCCUUUAAUUAUUGUAUACAUAAAGAUUCAUCAUACGUGAAUUUAUACACUGUUCUGCCUCUGUCUAUUUCAGGUGACCAUUCUGAAGCAGAAUAUACAGCUCCCUGUAGCUCAGGUACAGUAUAUUAUUACCUGAAUUAUUUUUGUUAACUUCUUUUAAAGACAUGUUAAUUUUGUUUAUUUAACAUCUUGGAAACUAAACAGCGAGUUAUAACAAGGAACCUGUCUCUGUGUUACAAUAUCUCUGGCAGAUUAUGGUUUUGUUUUCUUGACUCAACUGCUAAACGUUUUUUCUACAAACAAAUUUUUGGUUUUAUUUUUGUGUUUAUGUUUUAUUGCUAUUAUGAUGUACAGCACUCUGACAGGCUUAAUUCCAUUUCACAGGUUCAGAUAAGUAAGGGGCGCAGUGAUGUCAUCAAGCAGACAAAUUCAGAAAACAACAUUCGUUGAUUUCUAUUAACAAAAAAAAAAUUGAACUUCCAAAUAAUAAAUAUAUAUUAUGUGUUCUUUGAAUUGAUUCUGGCCAAUGUUAUAUACGAUAGAGGCAUUAGAAUUGAAGCAAUGUAUUUGUCAUAACUGUGUUUGUCACACAAUAAAUCUCAG